AUGAGGAGCAGAGCGCCGCCGCCGCCGCCGCCGCCGCUGCCUCUGGUUGUUCUGCUCCUGGGGGGCUGGGCGUCCCUGUGCGGCGCCUUCUACCUGCCGGGCUUGGCUCCUGUCAGCUUCUGCGACGAGGGAGGCGAGAAAGCCGGAUGCAAGGUGUGUAGGAGAGAGGGAGGGGGUCGAGAGGAGGCGCCCCUUCCUCGGGGUGGGGGAGGGGGGCACACACCGAGCCCCGCCCCUUCCCCCAGGUGUACCCCCCUUGUUCUAAACACCCCCCUCUUAAGCUUUUCUCCUGGGUGGGAAGAACCCGCCUCCCACUGCCAAGCUUAUGAUUCUCUUUAAAUAAUUCAUACCUAGUAGUAGUAGUUAAUUCAUGUGUAUAUAUGUUCCUCUAUAAUAUAUUCAUUUUCCCUGACAAGGGGCUCAAGGCAUCUUACCGAUAAAAGCAGAAACAGAUGAGAACCUAGGAGGAAACGAUGGUUGUUGUUUUUUUUAAUCAUUAAAUACCGAUAGAACGAGCAUUUAAAUACACACGCACACAGUGGGAACUUGACUGGCAGAGCUUUUCCGGGUAGUGCAGGACCCCUUUUUUUACCCAGUCUGGUCUGAAGGAGGUGGCAGGAAGGAUAGUAGUAGCAGUUCUCUCCUGAGGAGUUUGCAAAGCAUUUUGAAGGGUGAAAUCGCUUUUGCAUCCCCCGGGAACUUUGACUUGGCUGUUAGAGCAGAUGAAUCUCAAGGGGUGUCCGGAGCACCAUCCAGUCCUGCUGUGUUGGAUGAGUUUCAGUUGGUCAGCCAUGGGCAAGGUGCUUGGGUCAGCCAAGGCUUAUGCUCUGGGCGCUUGCCCCGCUUGUCCAGUUAAAAACCAGCAGCUGUGCCCCUGUCUGUACAAGGACAGCUUAAUUUCCGUUGUCUGUCCUCUGCAAACCUCUAGGCUGGACUACUGCAAUGCAUUAUUAUUAUUAUUAAUGCUGCUCCUGAAGAUUGUUCAGGAACUUCAGCUGUUGCAGAAUUCAUUGGCCAGGUUACUCACUGGGGCAAAACACUUUGAGCAUAUUACAUGAAUCCUGGUCCAACUGCACCGGCUGCCAAAUAGUUUCUGGGCCCAAUUCACCUCUUCCCAUGGCAUAUUAACCAACUGGGACCCUUUGAUCAUUCUGAGGCCCCUCUCAUGUGCAUCCUCCAUGAGAGGUCAGGAGGGUGGCAAUACAAUAAUGGGUGGUCUUUUUUGCAGUGGCUCCCUGUUUGAGGAAUGCUCUCCUCAGGGAGGCUCAUCUGGCGCCUUAAUUACAUAUUUUUAGUCACCUGGUGAAAACACUUCUUUAUAACCAGGCCUUUGGCUGAUUAACAUUCUAUGGACUAUUAAAUGUGCUUGUGGGAGGGGGGUUAUUGGUUUGUUGUGCUUGUUUUCUUAUGUAUUUUGUGUUCUCAUUUUGUAUAUUUGUGUUGUGAGCCAGGCUGCGAUCUUUGGAUGAAGGGGAGUAUACAAAUUUAAUAAAUUAAAAUGUAUUCAGCGUACAUAGGUGUGCACAAUGCUUUACAGGGUGGAUAAAAAUCAAUGAUUUUUUUAAAAAUCAGAUUUUUAAAUUUUAAAUUGGAUUUUUUUGAUUUAAAUAGUUUUUUUAUUUAAAUUGGAUUUUUAAAAUAAAAUGCUUUUGGAGGAAAAAUCUUUCUAAAGAUAGUUUUCUAUUUAAGUUACAUUAUAGUCCAAAGGCUAUUCAUCAGGAAAUAAGGAUUUGUUGUAAGUUUUUCAUGUGUGCUAAAACUCAGUCUGAGGUUUUUUUAAAAUAAAAAAAUUGUUUAACCACAUCAGUUAACAAACAAGGAUACAUAUGCUGUAAUGUUAUUGUUUAAGUUAAAUAAAUUGUUUAAAUUAUUAUUAAGAAAAUUAUUAUUUUUUUCCUUCCAAUAAAGUACAGCAGAAAAGUUGUCCAAAUAUAAACAGUUAAGAUUUUAAGCCUCACAAUAAUUUCAUAACUAUCUGUCUAUGUAUUUCUAACAGUAUAACCAAAUCAAAUUUUUGAUAUAACUGUAAAAACUGCUCUGAAAAUUUAUUAUUUUAAAACUGAAACCUUCAUCUGGUUGUAAAUAUUAAGAUUAUACCAGCAAGAAUGAGUCUUUCUGUAAAAAAAAUCAUUUAAACCAAGUCUUACUGACUAGUGACGCUGGCCACGUGACCCGGAAGUGUCUCCGGACAGUGCUGGCUCCCGGCCUCUUAAGUGAGAUGAGCGCACAACCCUAGAGUCGGACACGACUGGCCCGUACGGGCAGGGGUACCUUUACCUUUACCUUUAUGUAUGUAUGUACCAGUACGUAUAGAGCCAGCAGGCCUUUGCAGCUCCUCAGUUUUUAUUUUUUGAUUAGCCAGUUUCCUCAAAUGGUUAUCUGCUUUUUAAAAAAAGAUUUUGUUCUAUGUUUUAACGUUGUACACUGUCCCAAUAUUUUCUGUACAAUGUAGUGGCAGAGCGGACAUAGUUUUGUGUUCCAAAAUAUUCUUCAGAAUAUGGAAUUUACUGUAGAUUCCGAUGUAUAAGACGACCUUUUAACCCCAGAAAAGAGGUUAAAAAGUUGGGGGUCAUCUUAUACGCUGGGUAUGGCUGCAGUGGGCGGCGGGCUCCGCGCCGAGAUGAAGCUGCCCAGCGAUGCUAAGCCGGCUUCACUGGGCGGCUUCCUCCCGGCACGGAGCCCGUUGCCCAUUGCUGCUGCGGCGGCAGCAGCUUCGGCAGCUUCACUGGGCAGCAGCAGUGGGCGGUGGGCUCCGCUCUGUGCCGGGAGGCAGCCCCCCAGCGAAGCCAGCUUAGCAUCUUCCUCCCGGUGCGGAGCAUCACUGGGCAGCUUCACUGGGCAGCUUCAUCCCGGCGCAGAGCCCGCCGCCCACUGCCGCUCCCCAGCGAAGCUGCCGAAGGGCAUAAGACGACCCUCCAAAUUGGCAGCUGCCAAUUUGGGGGGUCGUCUUAUACGCCCAGUUGCCUAAUACGCCGGAAUCUACGGUAAAUGAAAUCAUUAGCUGCCACUUGUAUGUGGUCUUUCCUUUAUACUCUGAGAAGAAGUUUGACAUGAUUUUUUCUAAGUAUAUAAAUAUAAGAUACCGUAUUUUUUGCUCUAUAAGACUCACUUUUUCCCUCCUAAAAAGUAAGGGGAAAUGUGUGUGCGUCUUAUGGAGCGAAUGCAGGCUGCGCAGCUAUCCCAGAAGCCAGAACAGCAAGAGGGAUUUCUGCUUUCACUGCGCAGCAAUCCCUCUUGCUGUUCUGGCUUCUGAGAUUCAGAAUAUUUUUUUUCUUGUUUUCCUCCUCCAAAAACUAGGUGCGUCUUGUGGUCUGGUGCGUCUUAUAGAGCGAAAAAUACGGUAUAUGCAUAUAAUGUGUCCUUCAAACAACUCCAUGAAAUGGGUCAGGCUAAAUUAUUGAGACUGUCCUAAGGCCCUUAGAGUUACCACUUGCUUCUGUGACUCCUUUUGCACCUUCAGUGGCCUAGCAUAGAGUGAGUGGGAACAUCAGACCUAGAUACCAAAUGCGGCUCUCCAGGCCUGUGUACCUAGCCCUUGAGAGCCUCCAGGCCACACUCCCCAGUAGCCGUGUUUCAUUUCUUUUGAGUGUUUUUGCCUGCCUGGGGUAUCUUGCUUGCCUGGAUGGAAGGUAAAAUUUGCAUGCAUUAUUCUGCCCCCUUUUAGCUCUGUUUCCACUUGUCUUUGACUCCUGGGAGGCUCUUUGGUUGAAAAGGUUCAUCGUCUCUGGCCUAGCAAUUAGUAAUAGAGCAAGGGAAAUUCCCUCAUUUCUUUUAGCUCCACAACAGGGAAUUUGUUUUCCUGCUAACGUUCACCUGUGUUGGUUGUGUGUCAGGUUGCUGUUGCAACCUUCAGAUCUAUAAGUGAGAGAUACAAGGUGGAAUAGUGCUGAGGCAAAUAAUUAAGAUGGUGGUAUCUGCUUAAGGCUUUACCCCUGUGUAAACCCUCUUUUCCUACUUCAAUGUUCAAAUUUACAGUGGUACCUCGGGUUAAGUAUUUAAUUCGUUCCGGAGGUCCGUUCUUAACCUGAAACUGUUCUUAACCUGAAGCACCACUUUAGCUAAUGGGGUCUCCUGCUGCUGCCGUGCCGCCGGAGCCCGAUUUCUGUUCUUAUCCUGAAGCAAAGUUCUUAACCUGAAGCACUAUUUCUGGGUUAGCGGAGUCUGUAACCUGAAGCGUAUGUAGCCUGAGGUACCACUGUAUUGCGCCACAAUGACUCAUUUCCUGUCUUCCCCUCAUCCACCCACUGACCUUGAAUAGAUCUAUGCUAUGUCACACCCACAGUAGUUCAGGCUUAGGGAAGCUCUAUUCCAACCAAACAGGGCAUCUCCCCCCCCCCCCCCCCCGUACAGCCCUGUUCCUUUGUCUUGCUCUGAGAAAAAAAGUAUGCAUUCAAAUUUAAUUGCCACUCCACCUAGAUAUACUGCCCUACCCGCUUUUGACAUUCAGUUGGCUAUACAGUGGUACCUUGGGUUACAUAUGCUUCAGGUUACAUACGCUUCAGGUUACAGACUCCACUAACCCAGAAAUAUUACCUCGGGUUAAGAACUUUGCUUCAGGAUGAGAACAGAAAUCAUGCUCCGGCGGCACGGCGGCAGCGGGAGGCCCCAUUAGCUAAAGUGGUGCUUCAGGUUAAGAACAGUUUCAGGUUAAGAAUGGACCUCCGGAACGAAUUACGGUAAGUUCUUAACCCGAGGUACCACUGUAUAUCUCAUCUAGGCUUUCCUAACAUGGGAAGCAGGUAGGACCUAACCUCUCCCAGUCGGUGCACCUAAUGGUUGGGAUUGCAUAAGAUAAGAACAGCCUGCUGAUGUCCUAUCUAGUCCUGCAUCCAGAUGCCUGUGGGAAGCUCUCAAGCAGGACCCGAGCACAAGAGCAGUCUCCCCCCCUUGUGGUUUCUAGCAACUGGUAUCUGGAAUAAUUAAUUAUUACCUCCAACUGUGGGGGUGGAGCAACUGAUAGACUUAUCCUGAAUUUGUCCAAUCCUCUUUUAUUGCCUUCCAAGUUGGUGGCCAUCGCUGCCUCCUGUGGGAACGAGUUCCAUAGUUUAACUGCGUGCUGCCUGAAGAAGCAUUUUAUCUAUCCUGAAUCUUCCGACUUUCAGUGUUAUGAGAGAGGAAGAAAGUCUAACUACUUCUUCUAUGCCAGGCACAUCCAGCUCCCAAGAGACUGCGAUCUACUCCCAGUAUAAAAAAAACUGAGAGAAGUGAAAGUUGUUGAGCUUUUUUAAAGGGGGGGGGGAGGCUAACCAUUAACUAUGACGCUAACAACUGCACAAAACAAUAAAGUCAACUAACGUUGGAAGAAGACUAAAAAGGAUCACACUUAUGACACGAUGUAGGGACAGAGCGAGGGGAGUGGGGGGGCCCCGGAAACAUUCAUUAUACAUUGCUUUUAAUCCCGCAAUCAAAAAGGAUCCUGCGAUCGACCGCUAUCACCCGGGGAUCUAGCUGUCGAUUGCGGCUGACAAGCUGGACAUCACCGCUCUAUGCCAUUCAUAUUUUUAUACACUUCGAUCAUGUCAGUUCUUGCCUUUUCUCUAAACGAAAAAGUCCCAAAAGUCACCUUCUCUUCAUAGGGGAAUUGCUCUUGGUUGCCCUUUCCUGAACCUAAUUUACCUCACACAGCUCUGUUGUUAUUAUUGCUAUUGUUAUUUUAUUUAUCAGUUGCUUCCUGUGAAACAUCUCAAAGUGGUUUCACAAUGUGGUAAGAACAUGUUGCUAUGAGUUUGGUUGAGAGGGAGACUUGCCAUAACCUCUAGAAUAGAUCAUGGGUAGGUACCGUAUUUUUUGCUCUAUAAGACUCACUUUUUCCCUCCUAAAAAGUAAGGGGAAAUGUGUGUGCGUCUUAUGGAGCGAAUGCAGGCUGCGCAGCUAUCCCAGAAGCCAGAACAGCAAGAGGGAUUGCUGCUUUCACUGCGCAGCUAUCCCUCUUGCUGUUCUGGCUUCUGAGAUUCAGAAUAUUUUUUUUCUUGUUUUCCUCCUCCAAAAACUAGGUGCGUCUUGUGGUCUGGUGCGUCUUAUAGAGCGAAAAAUACGGUAAACUAAGACCCGGGGGCCGGAUCCGGCCCGGGGGUGAUCUGGGAAUCAGCGUGUUUUACAUGAGUAGAAUGUGUCCAUUUAUUUAAAAUGCAUCUCUGGGUUGUUUGUGGGGCAUAGGAAUUCGUUCAUUCCCCCCCCCUCCAAAUAUAGUCUUGCCUCUCACAAGGUCACAGGGACAGUGGACCGUCCCCCUGCUGAAAAAGUUUGCUGACCCCUGCUCUAGAUGCAGUAUAGAGCUAGAAUUUGAGCAAACUCAUAAGUUCAUAAAGGAAGCAAGGUUUGGUUAAUUAAAAAGCCAAGCAUUUUAGGAUCACAAGCCCAGGCAGCUUUGCACAGCUACCUGGGGAUAAGCCAAGCACAGCUUUCUCCUGAUUGAAGUGCAGAGUGUUUGAUGAUUGGGACAUUUGCAGGGAAACCAAAAUGCUUGUUUACAAAGCUAUUGUACUACUGUAUGCUUGUGAAAAAUGGACCACUUAUAAAUGCCAUCUCCAACUCCUCAAAAAGAUUCCAUCAAUGGUGUCCCUGAAAAUUUUUACACAUCACUUGGGAAGACAGGUGAACUAAUAUCAGUGUACUGGAAGAAGCAAAGAUCACCAGUGUGGAAGCAAUGAUUUUUCAACAUUGCUUUUUUGUUGGACUGGUCAUGUUGUUUGGAUGCCUGAUUAUCAUCUUCCAAAGCAACUACAGUACUCUAUUCCAAACUUAAAAAUGGAAAGCACCAUGCUGGUGGUCAACAAAAGAGGUUUAAAGACUCUCUCAAGGCAAAUCUAAAGAAAUGUAGUAUAAAUAGCGAAAAUUGGGAAACACUGGCCUACAAGUGCUCCAGCUGGAGAACAGACUUUACCAAAGAUGUCAUGGACUUUGAAGACGUGCGAACUCAGGAUGAAAGGGAGAAAUGUGCUUAGAGGAAGGCAUGUUUGGCAAAUCCUCACCGUGAUCAACUCCUGCCUGGAAACCUAUAUCACCACUGUGGAAGGACGUGUGGAUCCAGAAUUGGCCUCCACAGUCAGUUAUGGGCUCACUGUUAAGAUUGUGUUCAUGGAAGACAAUCUUACUUGGCUAAGGAGUGAUUGCCAAAGAAGUAAAAGAAGAAACUGUAAGGUCUGGACUCCCUCCACAAACUGUAUUUGGUGUAAAUACAGUGGUGCCUCGCAAGACGAAAUUAAUUCGUUCCGCGAGUUUUUUCGUCUUGUGGUUUUUUUCGUCUUGCGAAGCACAGUGUCGGAAAAGUUUUGGAAAAGCUUCAAAAAUCACCAAAGUCUUCAAAAACCUCAAAAAAGGCUACCACACCGCGUGCUAUGAGUUGCUCCUCGAAGUCAAGUCGCAACUAUAUUAACGGUUUUAAGAAAAAGGAAACAAACUUGCAAGACGUUUCCGUCUUGCGAAGCAAGCCCAUAGUGAAAAUCGUCUUGCGAAGCAACCCAAAAAACCAAAAACCCUUUCGUUUUGCGAGUUUUCCGUCUUGUGAGGCAUUCGUCUUGCGAGGUACCACUGUAUGUGAAUGUCAUAUUUCUUAAAGUCAAGACAGCUUGUGCUGUGUCUUGAUUCUCAAAGAAAUACAGAUCCUGUGUGAGUUCUUGGAACCUCCUGGAAUCUUGCUGCUGCUCAGCUGAGAGUGAGGCGUGGUGGCAUCAAACUUUUGCAGCAAUAUAUAAAGCAGUUGCAUUAUAUAAAAACUAUUUCAGAUUCAGUAUAGGCACUGACUGGGAUAACAGCCUCCACUUGGAAGACUUGUUUGAAGAGGCAAGUAGGUGCCGAAAAAGCAAUAGAGAAAGUGCCUGUCUGAGAUGCAAUGGGAGCGAGUUCCAAAGGGGGAGGUGCCACCACACUAAAGGCCUGACUGACAUUGCACAGAAUAGCCCCCCUGAAAGGAUGCUAUCUGCAGGAUGCCCUCUUUUGCAGAACGCAGUGAUGGCUUGGCAUGUAAGGGAUGAGGUGGUCUUUUAGGUAUCCUUGUCCCAAGCUGUAUGAGACUGUGUACUUCAAAGCCAGCACUUUGAGCCUUCCUGUGGAGUUGAUUAUCUGCCAGUGCAAUUUUUUCAGCAGCAGCAUAACGUGAUGGGGAUACUCUGCUGCAGAGAGUGAAGGAGCUGCUGCAUUUUGCACUGGCUGCAGUUUCCAGGUUGACCUCAAGGGCAGCUCCACAUAGAGCACAUUGCAGUAAUCCAAUCUGGAGGUUACCUGGACAUGGAUGGCAGUGGCCAGGCUGUUAAAUGAGAGAGGUAGUGUAGUUGCUGAGAGACUGAAUCUGGUACUCCCUGGUUUGCAUCUUUUCUGUGCCGUGAAGCCUUGAGGUGGCGUUUCUUAACCUUGAUUUAUUUAUUUAUUUAUUUAUUUGAAGUGUUUUCCCCUUGCUCUUCAGCUGGAGAAGACUUCCAAAGCAGCUUACAAAGAUUGAUAACAAGGCAAUGCCAGCAUUCAGGCUUUCAUUGUAAAGGACGCAGUUCAGUAAGAAAAGGGAUGGGGGUGGGAAAGCACACUCAGGUGCUAGUUUUUAGUUACAGAGCUUUUGUAAGGAUCAGGUGAAAAGGAGAAACUGUUUAGGGAGAGGAGGAACCAAAAGUUUCAGGUGUCUCAGCAGAGUUGGUGGAAUGGGCUUCUUUACCUUCUCUAUCCCCCUUACAUGGACUAAUUUAAGAAUUGAAAUAAUUAUUUGUAGCAAUCAGUUCUUUAAGGAACUGAAUAUUUUAAUACCUAUUUUUAAAGCAUUGUUACCUACUGUCUUUAUGUGUUUUAUCUUGUUUUUUAUUACCCACCUCAGAAACUUGGCUGAAGGGCAGCUUAUGAAUAUAUGAAUAAAAAUCCUGGUUCCUCCUUUGUUUACUUUCCUUUAAUAAGCUACCUGAACUUCCUCUGUAUCUGAUACAGGAAGCAAGGCUGUAUUUGUUUUACUACAGCAAUUCAGCGAGAGUAACUGGUUGUGCUGGUACCAGGAGAAAAGGAGCCACACGACCCCCAAACCCCCUAUUUGAAGUUCCCCCCUCUUAUUCCCAGGCUACAGCAUCUGGAAGGUCAGAGAUUGUCCACCCCUACCCUAGAAUUGUCCAUCCUUAGAUUGUCCAUCCCUAGCUUGGGGUUGUGGUGUGGCUCGGUUGACUGGUAAAGUAUGCACAUAGGAUAGCAUUUCCAACAGUGAGCCUGCCUGGUGCCUCCUCAUUUGCCUGCACUGCCUCUCUUUUGUCCAUCCAUGGAAAUAAAGGCACAUAUUCCAGCCAGGCAUGAGCACUUAAGGAGUGCAUAGCAUGGCUUGGGGAGAGUCCCAAGGGCCUGAUUGGCUUGGCAGUUUCCUAAGCACUCAGGUAUUGGACUUGACUCAUUGUGAUUGCACACAGAAAUAAUUAAAUUUACUGUCUGAUCUAACUGUAUUUAUUGGGCACAAGAUCCACUGAUUCCAAUAGGUUUUGCUUCCUGUUAAACCUGCUUAGAAUAACAGCAUUGUGCAGAAAUCCUGAGUACACUUAUUAGUGAGUAGGAGUCAUUGAACUCAGUGGGAUUUACUUCUGAGUAAACAUGCUUAGGAUUACAGUGUUGGGAUAACUUCUUUAGAAUGUUAAGUGUGGAGAAUGCUUUAAUGUUCUUUAAUAACUUUUUAAAAAUUCUGUCUUGGAUUAUUACAUUCAACUCCAGGUGUCUAAAUCAGCUUUUCUGUUCUUCUAGUCAAAAAUAGAGCUGUUUGUGAACAGACUGGACUCGGUUGAAUCAGUUCUACCGUAUGAAUAUGAUGCGUAAGUAUACCCAGAUACCAUUAAGCCAGAGUUUGCAUUUCCCCAUUAAAAUGUUUGUUUAAGCAAAGUGACAUCUAAUUUGCAGUGUUCAGAUGAUUGCUAACUGAAUGGUAAAACUUCUUUGGAAUAGUUUGCACGGGUAAAUUGGCUUUGAGAUGAUUUAGGGGUCUAGCCAACACCAUCUGACAAACGGUGGUUUAUGAGUGACCAGAAACCGUGAUUUGAAACUAUGGUUUUGGCAAACUGUGGUUUAACUUUGCAUCCAAACCAACCAACUGUGGUUUGGGAUGUUACUCCCUGUCAGAGCCUACUGCUUGGGAAGGGGUUCUCAGUGAAGGCUGGUGAAGAGAGUUAGUACAGAAAUCAUGAUGUGCCUGUACAUUAAGAAUAUACAUCAUGGUUUGGCAGUAGAACUAUAAUGAAUGAAAACCAUGUUUUGUGUUGUAUCUACAACAUAAUCCAUCAGUUAAAAAACGCUUAGAGCAAGGACGUGGAACCUGCAGCCUCCAAUUGCCAUGUUUCCCAGCCAGCAUAGCCAGUGGUCUGGGAUGAUGAGAGGGGUAGUCAAAGAACAGAACACCACCUGCUUGAUUUAGAUUAGAACCUAGUUACAAGUGCAACUCUUGUAAUGCAGAGUGGAAACAACCUUCUUCUUCUUUGUUUGUUCAUAGUUUUGACUUUUGUCAAGAUGCAGAAGAAAAAAGGCCUUCAGAAAAUCUUGGACAAGUCUUGUUUGGAGAGCGGAUAGCAUCAUCGCCCUACAAGGUUCAUGCAACUUUUCAGUAUGAUUUGGAUGACUCUGUGUGUGUGUGUGGUGUGUGUGUGUGUGGCUAAAUGCUGAAGGUUUGUUUGUUUUGGUCUGUAGUACAGAUGGGAAGGCCUGAAACCCCCCCGCCCAAAUGGGGGGAAAACCAGUUCCCCACCCCCCGUUUUUUCCUGAAGCCAUUUUCUUGAAGCUGAGGGCCUUCAGGCAGUUCCCUCAUUUUGAGAAGCAAAGCUACAGGGAACUAGGCAGAGGGCCUUCUCGGUAGUGGCGCCUGCCCUGUGGAAUGCCUUCCCAUCAGAUGUCAAAGAAAUAAACAACUACCUGACAUUCAGAAGUUUUUAAUGUGUGACAUUUUAGUGUAUUUUUGGUCUUUGUUGGAAGCCGCCCAGAGUGGCUAUGGAAACCCAGCCAGAUGGGCGGGGUACAAAUAAUAAAUUAUUAUUAUUAUUAUUAUUAUUAUUAUUAUUAUUUUAUUAUUACUUGUUGUACUUUGAGUAGCUUUAGAUGUGGCUUUAUGUCCCUCAUUUUGUGUUUAAAACUUUUUAAAAAAGUAUUUAUUUGUAUCCUGCCCAGAGAAUUUUUUGUUAUGGGGUAACUUCAAUGGCCUUCCAAUUGUAUUAAAAAAAAAAAUCAGUUAAUUAAUUUUGUGUUUUCCUUUUUUAGCUUAGGGAUUGAAAACUUGCUUUUGAAGGGGAAAGCAAGGAUUCUCUGAAAAUACCUAUUUGGUUGCAUGCAUUGCACCUGGAAUUUGCACAGGGGUGUGUUUGUGUGUUUGGGGGAGCAGGAGGAGGGAAGAGAUUUCAAUUUGGGAGCACUGAAGAGAAAAUAAAACUGCACAGAAUUCAUAAAGGUGUUUAGAUGUUAAAUGGCUGCUUUUAAGUUAAGGGUUGGGCUAAUGAUAACAAAAGUGUAAUUUUGAAUGAAAGAAGAUGUGUCAUUUCCAGCUGCAUGGAGUAAAAAUGUUAAAACACUUCUGUGCUUAUAUCAGUUUACAUUUAAGAAAAACCAACAAUGCCAAGUGGCCUGUAUGAAGUCUUAUGACCCGGAGAAUACAAAUGACAAAAACAAGCUGGAAUUCUUGAAGAAAGGAAUGAGGUUGAAUUACCAGCAUCAUUGGUGAGUCCAUACAUUCUGUGAAAUCAACAGUCUGUGGAAGGAAGGAAUGGAAAUUGUCUAUUGAGAUUUGAAAGAUACCCCAAAUUUUGUCCAAUACUGAUUUCAUAAAAGAGAGCAAAGUAAUUCACAUGCAAUUCUAAAAUGCAUUUUAAAAGCAAAUGUGCCAAUAAACUCGGGGGCGUUUCUGACUCUUAACAGAAUUACCUGCUUGCAAUUUUUCUUGUGUAGGAUUAUCGAUAACAUGCCAGUGACUUGGUGUUACGAUUUUGGAGAAUUACAUAAAUUCUGUAAUCCAGGAUUUCCAGUUGGAUGCUUCGUGGCUUCAGAUGGCAGAGCUAAAGAUUCCUGCACUAUAAAUGUAAGUGGUCAGGGUGCAUUUCCUUAAUGUUUUCUCAUAAGGUAUUAGAUAUAGACCUCUGGCAUUUUUUAGAAUCCUGUGAAGGUUCAGAUGCAGCACCAAACCUUGGAGCAGUGUCUGAACUCACAGUGUCCUUCAAACCAUCGUCUAGAAGCGGCCACCAAAUAACCACUUGAAACCAUUGAAUGAAGCUGACUUGCAGAGCAGAGCUUGAACAAAGUGGCUUGGCAUUAAAACUGAACAGGAAAACAGUGAUUGGGAUGUUUCUCUGCCCUCAGUAGCUAUUGUGUGGGAUAGCGCCUAGGAAUUCUCGGGGGAAAGCGAAACAGUAUGACUCUUUAGCAUGCUUGCACUUUUUGAACACAAACCAUGGCAUGAAGUCUAAACUAUGCUUAGCAAAAGGCAGUCUCUACCACGAAAUGUAAGAAUGGUCACCAAUUUGGAUGGCUUUUAAAAGGGAUUAGCUAAAUUAAUGGAUUAUAAGACUGUCAGUGGCUUCUACUCACAAUGACUGCAUAGCACCUCCAGAGUAUGCUCAGAAUGCCAGCUGCUGGGGAGUGAGGAUGCUGUUGUGCUCACGUCCUGCUUGCAAAUUUCCCAUAGACAUCUGGUGAGAACAGGAUGUUGGACCAGAUGGGCCUUUCGUCUUAUCUAGCAGAGCUGCUCUUGAAUUCUUGUGGCUUGGCAUUGGCUAUGUUUUUGUGUCACACUAAAUCAUGGUUUAGCAAGAUGGGUGGCUUGUCUUUGACAUUGACCAUAGUUGGGAAUAAACUGCAGUUGCUUGGUUACGUUACAUGAUAAGCCAAGAUUUAGGAAACCGAAACUACACUGCAAAAAUCACCUUCCUUGUCAUGGGUGGAGUAGGAGGGGGAGUGUAUGCGCCCAAGCUUCACAGCGGCUCUUUCCUCCUCGUGCAUGCCACACUAAUGCGGUUUGCCUCCCCACCACUGGCAUGUGGCCCUUGGAAUAUUGACCAUGGUAGAAUGUGGCCCUCGGACUGAAAAAGUUCCCCCACCCCUGCACUAAAUGGUGGUUUAGCUGGUUGUGCAAAUGUUAUGCCUGAACCAUGCCUUGUUGGUACGUGCAAAAACUCCUGCUGAACAAUUAAGAAGAUAUAUGAUGGGGGAAGGAAAUACAAAAUGUGUGUCAUGAAGGAUGAGUCUGAGCAUGUUUAUUUGGACUGGUUGCCAGCUGUGUAUUGAAGGGCUCAGUUGAUUAUCACUUGCUGACUCUUGAUUUUGAUUGAAUUUUUGGCCCUCUAAACAUAGCCAAAAUUAAAUAAUCAAUGAGAGCCUAUAAUUAAAGAGAAUUAAAAAUAAAUGUAGGCUACAGAUUACAAGAUAAGAGAAAGUAGACAAGAGAAUACCAGCAUCUGUAACUCAGCUGGGAAUGACAAUAACUCACUGGUAGAGCAUCUGUUUCACAUGCAGACAGUCACAGGUUCGAUCCCCGAUAUCUCCAGGUAAGGCUGGUAGAGACGGCUGCCUGAAACCCUGGUGACCUGCUGCCAGCCAGUGUAGGCAGUGCUGAGUUAGAUGGACCCAAUGGUCUGACUCUGUAUAAGGCAGUUUCCCAUGUUCCUCUCACGAUCAUUACUAUCGCAUUUAAGAAUUGCUUCCUAUGAAGGACCUCAAAGCAAUUUACAGUACAGUGGUACCUCGUUUUACGAACUUAAUCCAUUCCGGAAGUUGGUUCUUAAACUGAAACUGUUCUUAAACCGAGGCACGCUUUCCUUAAUGAGGCCUCCCACCCCUGGUGCCCUUCUUCUGUUCGGCUUCCAUUCUUAGACGGAGGUAAAGUUCGCAAACCGGGACACUAUUUCCGGUUUUGCGGAGUUCGUAAACCGAAUUGUUCGUAAACAGGGCUGUUCUUAAACCGAGGUACCACUGUGCUGUAAAAUCAUGUAAAACAGUUACAUAUAUAAAAUAUUUUUUUUUGCAUAUAAUACAGUUCAACAAUAAUGUAAAAUCAGUUUCAAAUCUGACAGAGAUGCCAACUGAGAUAACAAAACUCCGCUUAGAAGGCUUGGUGAAAGAGGUGAGUCCUCAGCAAGCACCUCAAAGACAACAGAGACAGCACCUGUCUCAUAUGCAAUGGGAAAAAGGCCCAAAGGGUAGGCGUCACCACAUAAUAGGCCCAUUAACAAUAUGGUACAGAACAGACCUCCUGAUAAGAUGGUAGCUGCAGGAUUCCCUCUCCUGCAACACAGGGUUUGAUUGGGGUCUAUAUGGAAUGAGAUGAUCUGUUAGGUGUUCAAAGCUCGCUCCGUCAUGGAACCAAAACCACCCUUUGCUAGUCUGGUGCCCUCUGGAUAUUGGCAUCAGCUGCAGCCAACAUGACUGAUACCUAAAACAUCUGUCUAAAACAGCCAGAGGGUCUCUGGUUGACCUAAAAUAUCUGAGCAGAGCUACAUUUCACUUUCCCAGCACUUUCACUUGGGAACAGUUUGGCCGGAAAAUAGAAAAGCAGUUUUGAUUCCAUGGCUAGCUCAGAUGCUGUGUUGUUUGCUCCUGUGUGUUGUUCUGCCCAUCCCAGAGUAUGCAUUACGUGCCCAGAAGUAAUGUGAGAAUUAGGCGAUGAUGGUUCAGGUCUUGCAGAAGAAUUCUCGGUAGGUAUUGCUGGGCAUUGGAAUAUCUACAGGAAGAAAGGGCUGUUUAAUGUCUCUUUGUACAGUGGCAAAUUUCAUUGGCUAUAAAGAUAUUAUUGCAUAUUAUUAUUCUUAUUAUUAACAAGGCAUAGGACCAAGAAAGCAAUCAAUGAUGGUCACAGGGGAACACAUUGAUGGGGAUGUAUACUAAAAGUUUAAUUUACAAGGAUAGUUGAGUGCUUUUUUAUUUCCUUUGCUUUGGAGCUGCGUCCAUGAAAAGUAAACAGCAGAUAACCAGCGUCAAGUAGUGAGAGUGUAAUUAAAUAUAUUUGUCGGUAGGUUUUCAGAGAUUGAGAGACUCAUUCUCCAAAGUAGGUUUUUAAAAUAAUAAUAAUAAUAAUAAUAAUAAUAAUAAUGUACAGUGGUACCUCGGGUUACAUAUGUUGCUUCAGGUUACAGACUCCGCUAACCCAGAAAUAGUACCUCGGGUUAAGAACUUUCUGAAAUUGUCAUUUCUCUUCCCAAAGUUUAUACAGCAGACUUCCCAGAGUCAUCAGCUUUAUUGCAUUAGCCUGGAAAAGGCCAUUGUUCUCUUAGAGGAACUGCAGCUACUAUUCCAAAGCCCACCCUUUAUAUGCCAGAAACAAAGGGCUGCUUUACAUAUUGCAUUGGAAAUUAACAGUGUGCGUUAUUGGGUAAGGCUGGAGGUGCAUGAAAAAGUAGAGCCUGAACAGUUGAAUGGAGGAGAAGAGUGUACAGUGAAUGAAAUGGGUAGUGCUUCCUAUUCCACUCCCAAGAAAAGCAUCUGUGUUUCCGGAACUUGUUUCUGAUUUCCUUGAACCUUCAGUGUGACUCCAAAGGUUGGAUCUAUCCACACAAGAUACAGACACAAGAUACACCACACAUUUAAAGCGCAUGACUGUUUCUGAAGCAUCCUGGAAACUAUAGUUUGUUCUGGGUGCUGGGAAUUGUAGCUCCAUGAGGGGUGAAUUCCUAAAAUUCUUGGGAUUCUUCUUUUUUAUUAAAAAAAUUAAGCUGUAUUUAAAAAAUUGAAUAAAUAAUACUGAAAAUAAUAAUAAAUCCUUUUUAGGCAUUUAAUGGCUCUAUUUCUCUCCCCCACGCCCCCAGUCUGAGUUCAACAAGAAGAAUACCUACUAUCUUUUCAACCACGUUGAUAUUACGAUCACGUACCACAGUGCGCAGAAUGAGAACUGGCUCGGAGCUCGCCUGGUUACGGCUCGCCUGGAACCCAAAAGGUAACUGCUGGGCACUUGACAAUUUACAGCGUGUCAGUUCACAGGCAGAUACUAUUCGUACCGAGUUCCGUUUUGGUUACCUGCUCUGUUUGGUGCUGGGGUGCUAAGCAGUACAAGAAGCCUGCAACAUGCACCUGCUUUCUUAUGCAGUCGCGACCUUUCGCAGGUGGGGAAUAAUAAAGAAAUGGAGAGUAGGGGAAGCCCACAGUUCCCUGCUUUCCAUUUAUUUAUUUUUCCUUCAACCCUUUGCAUUCACAGAGUCUACUCAGGCUUUAAGGAGGCGGCGAGAGGUCCCUCGGAGCAUUCCACUUUUUGUGCUCCUGCAUUGUUCUUUACCCAUAUAUAUAUGUUUGCUUUCCCGUUUAUGCUGGAUACUGAAUCUGUUAAAAUCUGUCCUUAAGGAAGUGCAGACUCAAAACACUCUUCAUCCUGUUCAAAUCUGCUCAAUGGAUGUACGAUUUGAAUUUACCGUACAGUGGUGGUUCUUAAAACUGUGAUCUGUGGACCACUGUUGGACCCUCAAUGUCGUUCAGGUGGUCUGUGCUGUGCCUGUGGAUUUGUGGUUGAAGGUGGGAGACAGCACAUUCAUUAGAGAAUUAUGGAAUUGUAGAGUUGGAAGGGAUCCCAAGGUUCAUCUACGCCAACCCCCUGCAAUCUCCGCUAAAGCAUCCAUGACAGCUGGCCAUCCAACCUCUGCUUAAAAACUUCCAAAGAAGGAAAGUCCACAUUCUCCCGAGGGAGACCAUGCUGCUGUCAGAAAAUUCUUCCAGGAUGUUUAGUUGCAAUCUUCUUACUUGUAGCUUGAAGCCUUUGGAUUGGGUCCCACCCUCCGAGCUUGCUCUGUUUUCUGUGUGACAGUCCUUUAGAUGUUGGAAGAUGGUAAUCAUAUCUCUUCUUAGUAUUCUCUUAUCCAGGCUAAACAUACCAAAUUCCCGUUGGAUUGAAAAUAAGUGGUUUCCAGUUGUACAGGUUAAAGAUAAGGAUAGAUUAAGAUUAAAGAUUAAGAUUAAAGAUGCUUAAAGAAAUGGAAAUUUGAUAAUAAAAGGGAAAAAUUUGAAGCUAUGUGACAUUAAGAGUAAGGAUUAGGUUUAAAAAAGUGAAGUUAUAUAUUUUAAUAUUUUAUUAAAUUAAAGAUUGGGAUUAAAAAAGUGGAAAAGAAACUGCUGGAUAAAUAAUGUGGAUUGGAAUACAAAAGAGGGAGGUAUGAGGAAGUCCAGAAAAUAAGUAAUUUAAAAUUGGAAAUGGAAAAGAGAGUUUGUUUUUAAUUGUUAUGUUUUGUGUUUUUAUUGUUAUUGUUCUUUGUGUGUGUUGUUUUUCUUUUUUCUUUGUUUAAAACUUUAAUAAAAAUUAUUUAAAAAAAAAUAAAUAAACAUACCAAAUUCCCUCAACCGUUUCUCAUACAUAAGGCUUGGUUUCCAGACCCUCAAUCAUCUUGUUUGGCCAGCUUGUCAAUAUCCGUAAACUGAAGUGCCCAGAACAGGAUACAGCACUCCAGUUGUGGUCUAACCAAUGCAGAAUAGAGCAGUAUAUUGAUCUGGAUUCUAUACUUGUGUUGAUGCAGCCUAGAAGAGCAUUAGCUUUUCUUGCUGCUUUUUUUUUAAAAAAAAAACUGGAAUUUUAUUUACAACAUAACACAACCCCUCACCCCCCAAACACAUUAAACAUGAACAUAACAUACAGUGAACAUAACAUACAAAUACAAACAACCAAAUAGAAGACUUACUUUAUCCUGUAUCUGGCUUCCUUAUUUACUUCUUAUAAACUGUGUCCUUUAUGAAUAAUUAUUAAGUUUUUUCUAGUUAUAACUUUAAGUAUCCACAAAGUUUCCUGCAGACUUUAAUCAAAACAAAUCUAGGUAUGUAUUUUAGGGCACUGUUUUGUGAAUUGUUCUCUGCAUUUUCCCCUUGCUUUUUGAAACUUUUGUCUAAUGUGAUCUCUAGUGUGGUCUCUGUUAAUCUAGACAGUUCAAUAUACUCUAACAGUUUAUUCCUUUUUUGUUGGCACAGUUUCUUUUUUCCAGUUUUUAGCAAUUAGGAUCCUUGCCGCUCCUGUGGCAUAGAGGAAUAUUUUCUGAUCUUCUCUUGCUAUGCCUGUGUCCGUUAUCCCUAGUAGAAAAGCUUCUGUAUUUUUCAUAAAGUUAUACUUAAACAUUUUUUUAAGCUCAUCAUACACUGUGUUCCAGAAGCUCUUGAUUUUUUCACAGGUCUUUUCUUGCUGCUUUAUCACACAGUUGGCUCAUGUGAAACUUGUGGUCUACUAAAACCCCUAGAUCCAUUUCACUUGUACUACUGGCAAUCCAGGUGUCCCCUAUCUUAUAUUUGUGUCGCUGGUUCCUCCUGUCUGAGUGCAGAACCCCAUUUAUCACUAUUGAAAUUCAUUUUUAUUAGUUUUGGCCCAUUUCUCCAAUCUCCAAUAUGCGAUUCAUCUGUGGCAUUAGCUACUUCUCCCAAGUUUUAUGAGCAUCCCUUCAAUUCCUUUGUUCAAGUCGUUUAUAAAGACACAGAAUCCUGUGCCACUCCACUUCUCCCUUUUUUCCAGGAUGAUGAGGAACUAAUAGCGAGCGCUCUUUGGGUUUGGUCAGUCAACCAGCAUGUUGCACCAAAUACUCGUAUUGAUUUUUAAUGGUAUUUUCGAUUGCUUAUUUUAUUUCUCUUAUUGUAUUGCAAUCUGAAAUCUAUGGAAUGCAUCCAAAUGCAUUAUAUAAGAAGGAGGGGAAGCUGCGAAAAUGUAAUUAAAAACCACACAGCCUUUAGUACAGCUCAUUAUGAUUGCUACAACAAGGCAGAAAAAUCAUUAAGUGAUCCACCAAGAGUCUCAGCAAUUUUCAGGUGGGGAAAAAACGGGUUUGGGAACCACUGCCCUCCUGAAUGGCUUGCGAUAACUGUUUUGGGGUAAUGCAUUCCACAAGGGGGCAUAGUUAAGUUUUCUUUCACUGCCUUGUUUCUACCCGUCUCUCAUUCUCUAGUGUUUAUGGGAGGCACCGUGAGAUUUUGUGCUUAAAAAGAGGUUGAAACACAUUCUUUCUGUGUGUAUCUACAAUAUCUAUCAUCUAUCUAUCUAUCUAUCUAUCUAUCUAUCUAUCUAUCUAUAUCUAUCAUCACAAAACGGAUGUUUGCUGCCACACGUAGUCUAAAGAUAUAUUGUAAGAGAAUGGUUCGAGGUGCUUGAAAAUACGGGUUGCUUCACCUGCAAUGCCUGCAAUCUUUUCUCCCUCCAUUAGGUGGCCCUGUAGUUCCUUGUAAGAGUACUGGUCUACUUUGCUCCAAGGGAAGGAGAUGGGUUAGAGUGAAAAAGUUAGCCCUUUCCUUUGGAAUUGAGCUUGACCUGGCCCGUGUUUCUCCUGUGUUGCUGUCAGUGGCAUUGAACCUGCUCUGCAAGUAGCGGGAGGGCACUGCUGGCAAAAUGUGGAUGGAGUUGCAUCUUGUAAGGCUUCUCAAAUCACAAUGAAGAUUGCUUUUAUUUUUUUAAGCUCUGCAUUCUGGAAACUUAGCAUUAAACAGCAGUGGGGAGAUAUUCAACUGUUUGAUCCAACACCCCAGCAAACUGGGAAAGGGCCAUAGCUCAGUGACAGUGCUUUGCAAGCAGAAGAUGUCAUGUUCAGUCCCUGGUGUUUCCAGGUUGAGCUGGGGAUGCUCCCUGUCUGAAAUUCUGGAAUACCAUUUGCCAGUCAUUGUGGACAAUCCUGAGCAAGCUGAACCAGGAUCACGAAAAGCUGCCUUAUACCAUGUUCUGGCUCCCCAGUUUUGGAAGCAGCAUCAAAAAUAAAUUAGAUGCAAUGCUGGUUGGGCAAAGCUCUGUGCCCUGGUGGGAAUGCAGAUACCCCAAUCAUCAGAUCAAAAAUGGUGGUGGGGGCAAUACCUCCCCCCCCAGCCAAUCUGCAUGUGUCAGCUGAGGAGGGUGGGCUGUACGUGUGUCAUGAGAACGUGCGUGCAAGAUUGUGGAGUGGUCACACCCUCCGCUUUCAUGUGCUGCUUGGCUAAAAAUAAAACUAAAAUUGGCCAGCCUUGUUUUACAGCUAUUUCAAGGAAAUAACUGGCAGCAAAACAUUAACUGAGAGGGUUGAAAUCUGUAAGUGUACAAUGGGUCCAAAAGAGCUCUUAUAGUAGCUGUUCCCAGGCUGUCGGUGCUGACCCACAGCUCCUGGAGGACUGUUGAGAGAGCACUGUUUCUAGGGCUCAGCCUCAAGAGUAGCCUCCUUAGGUUAAACUCUGCUCUGUUCUCCCUGCCCCUCUAGUUGGUCUGCUUCCUGUGUCUUGAAGCUCCUUGCCAGAAUGAUGGGGAAGGGGUGUGAACUAGAUACCAGAUAGGGAUGGGUAAUGCGCAUUAGGAGCCACGUGGUCCAGAUUCUACCAUGGUCAUUUCCCUUCCCUUCUGACAACUCUCUGAUGUCAGAAGCAGCUCCACAGGUAUUGCUUUUUCUGCAGGUCUGCAGGGAUGGCGAAAGUUGCAUCUUGCGAACCCUUUCCCAGCUGUAUUGCUCUUUAGAAGUACGUGAGCUCUGUUCAUGGUAAAUCUAACAACCUUAGGCUGAGUUGUUUGCAUGGAAUUAAUAUGCAGAUAUUAAUACUUCUCUUAUUUGUCAGGGAAUCCUAAGAUUUCAAUCCCAUUUACCUCUUCAGUGGGCAUACCUUCAUGUUUAGGAACCCCCAAUUCACGGGCAGGUGUUGUAACUGGGGCACAAUGAGUCAGUUGCAGGUUAUUCAGGGUGUCCAGACCUCUUUUUUCUCACAUUGCAAAUUGUUAGGUUCACACAACAUGAAAGUUGUUACAAAACUCACCUGGCCUUGAAAUAAUAAUUUUAAAAGCUGGCCUUUUAAUUCAUAGCUGCAGGGUAACUUAAAUGUCUUCCCAUUGCUUUGUUUGCUGCAGAUUCCUCUACAUAAAUAAAUAAAUUGCAAGUUGUAUUCCUAUGCUUUGGGGAUCUGUUCCUUUGCUUUGGGGUCUGUUCCCAGUCUUCUUGCAGAAGUAAAUUCCGCAGGCUGCUUUCAAUUGUCAUACAUGAAAAAUGGCUCAAGUGUCUUUUCCACUGCAAUUAUCACAACAAAGCAGCUGAUACAUCAGGGAUGGGAAACUUGUGGCCCUCCAGUUGCAUCCAUCCUUUGCCUCCACAGCCAGAGGCUGUAUGCUUCUGAAUAUCAGUUGCUGGAAAAUGCAGGAGGGGUAAAUGCUCUUGUGCUUCAGUUUUUGUUUUGGGCUUCCCAUGGGCAUCUGGCUAGCCACUCUGAGAACAGGAUACUGGACUGGAUGGGCCAUUAUGUUCCUAGGCUUAUAGUCAGCAUGGUAUGGGAUGUUCGGAAUUGUAGUCCCACAACAUCUGGGGUGCUCAAGGUUCCUCAGUUGUGCAAUAGCUGUCUUAUGUAUUCUUGGGUUGUGCUGGGUGGGAGGGGAUGCUGGUACUUCAUAACAUAGCAAUGUCCGAAUUCUUAAGGAAAAAUUGAUAGUUCGUAACUUGCAAAGUGGCCCUUAACCUUAUAACGCUGCUCUUGAUUCUGCGGAUCCUCUUGGAUCUCACUUUCUUCAGGUUGCGUUUGGCUACCCAUCUUGAAUUAGUCAACAUAGUGUGGGGGACAAUUGUGAAAUGAUCAUAUUAUAAAUUGCAACGAAGGUUCUUGCAUCAUCAUGUGUGAUAAAACUAUAUUUUAUCUUUGUAGUUAUAAACAAACGGAUAUAAACAAUUUGUCUUGUGAAGGCCCCCCCAUGGAAAUCUCUGCAGAGUUUAACAGCAAGCUGAAUCUGAUUUACAGUUACUCUGUGAAAUUUGAAGUAAGUACAAGAGAGAUGUUUUGCAGCUAUAAUUUCUUAAAGUGGUUCAGAUUAUCAGUUUUUAUAGGCAGUGGGGGAGCAACCUGGGUACUUACUUUAAAUUCAGAGUUUAGUCUAUUUAGCCGAAACCCCUAUAAGUUGUUUAACGUAGUUCAUUUUUUAUUUUUGAAGUAUAAGUAAUCGUACAAACAUCCCACAGUUGAACACGUAAUAUACACUGCAAUCAGUUACAAAUGACAUAAAUAGUUGAUUGAUAUUUCUCCAAAUAGAUCUUGUUUUUCAUGAUUAUGAUUAAUAUAUACCAUGUGCUAUCCAAGAAUAACCUUGGAUUUUUUUUCUAAGGGAGAUUGGGAGCCUUUUCGUCACAAAGGAACAAUUCCUUCUCUUCUAGUUGCUUAGUCUAUAUUGAGCACGCAUUUAGUUGCUGAUCCAAAUUGGGGUGGAAGGAAUGACUCUGCUUUAAUCUCUUAAUGAAAAGUUGGUGUUGGCACUGAACGACUGAUUGACAGCCUGCUUAGAGGAGAGUCCUGAUUGAAUAUGACACAGCAUGGUCAACUGCAGAGAGGGCUUAGUAGCUUGAUUUCCAUAUCCGCUCCAAUCCCAAUAGCUGUGUUGAGACUAACCCCAAAGGGUGGCAAUUAAAGUUAGGUUUUUGUGAUGCAAGACACCUGUAUUGCAAGGAAGUCGGCGGAGACCAUUAACUAGCUUUUGCCCAGGCAGCCAAAUGGCCGUCAUGGGCUAACAACUUUCAUUUUUCCUUCCAAAUGGAAUGUGACUUGAACCCAUGACCUUGAAGUGCAAGCUUCUGUAUCCUGUUACCAUUCCAUUGAGCCACUCGGUCCUCUUAAUUUGACAACAUGAAUGAACUGCCUGUCAAUAUUUGGCUUUUUAAGAAGACUUAAUUUAACUUGGGUAUGUAACGUUAACUUCAUUAAAAAGCACAAGAUGUGUUGUGCCCUGUGGGAGUAUCAGCUUUUACAGGUAAAUCACCUUGCACCAGUAGCUGUAGUGUCCACACUGAACUCAGUAUAUGCAGGUACUGCCCCCCCUUCUAUCAGUCAGAGAUUUUUCUAUGCAGCACCAUUGCACAUUCCUCGCUAUAGAAAAGGACAGUUCUUGAGCACAUAGAUUGAGACCUCCUUUUAGCUUUCGGUUACAGCUAGUGGUUUGUUUUCUGGUGCUAACAGACACAGUUGCACCUACUCCCAGGUUGGCUUACCCAAUGGGUUAGUUUAGCCAGCGAUAAUUAAAUGUAUGAAGACUUGUUUUCUGAGAAGUGCUCCAUUGUUCAUCUCAUACUUUUUCCAUGCAGGAGAACAACAAUAUUAAGUGGGCUUCGAGAUGGGACUACAUCUUGGAAUCCAUGCCCCAUACCAACAUCCAGUGGUUUAGGUAAGAGAUGUUGAAAGUUCUGAAAGAAAUAGCUUGCAGCAAAACUUGGAAGAUCUGAAUCUUGCUUUAUUUUUUGGGAAUUGUAACUUGUGGUUAGAAAGAAGGCAGCUAGCAUUCAAGCCAGCCAACGUCUCAUGUUUUCAUUUGUGGACUUACUUUUCUCAGGACUGGCCCUCUUGGGAGCUGCUCGAAGUAUUGUGUUUCAUGCAAAGAAUGUGCCUUCUGUAUCCUGAAGAAAAGCAAUCGGCACAUUUUACUUUUAUCUUCUCGUUUCAGAGAAUUUCUGAGAUGUUACAGUUGAUCACAUUCUUUUAAUGCUGUCAUGUGAUUUGCUUUGGAGUUUUAUCUCUGAAGUUAGUAUCUACUGUUAAGGAAAAAAGCUCACAGUGAAUAUGGAUUGAGUUCCCCCUUCCCCUUUAAAAAAAUAUGACGAUAAAGAGGAAACCUCUUCUCAGUCUUGAGGCACACAGUGCAAAGUAAGCGUGUAUCAACCAUUAAACUACAGUUUGAAAAACCAGACUGUGGUUUGUUAAAGGUAAAGGUAAAGGUACCCCUGCCCGUACGGGCCAGUCGUGACCGACUCUGGGGUUGUACGCUCAUCUCACUUAAGAGGCCGGGAGCCAGCGCUGUCUGAAGACACUUCCGGGUCACGUGGCCAGCGUGACGAAGCUGCUCUGGCAAGCCAGCACCAGCGCAGCGCACGGAAACGCCGUUUACCUUCUCGCUAUAAAGCGGUACCUAUUUAUCCACUUGCACUUAGGGGUGCUUUCAAACUGCUAGGUGGGCAGGAGCUGGGACCGGACGACGGGAGCUCACUCCGCCUCGAGGAUUCGAACUGCCGACCAUACGAUCGGCAAGUCCUAGGCACUGAGGUUUUACCCACAGCGCCACCUGUGUGGUUUGUUACAUCUGAACAAAUAUCACCUGACAUACCAUACUUUGUAAAUGGCCACAAACUAGGAUCUGAUACUAUGUUUGAAAACCACAGCUGAAGAAAAACUGUAGCUUGCUGUUCACAUCCAAACCAACAAACUAUGGUUUGGGAAGUUGCUCUGCCCUUGGUGUCUGAUGUUUGAGAUACCAUCUGCAAUGUGCAGCUGGAGGCGAAAUGACCAAACUGUGGCUUGUCUGUACUUGGAAACCCACUUCAUGGGUUAGAAUGUAAACUCUGUUUAGUGCAAAUCAUGGUUUGUGUUGGAGUUCAAAGGGGCAUGAAGUUCAUAUGCACGUGUGCUUCUGAUACAUAUAUUUUAAUCAUGAAAUGCUUAGUGUAGUGUUAUAAGGCAUAGGUCAAAUAUUAUAAGAGCCUGUCGUAAAGCAGGUCUGCAGGGUUUCAGUCGUGAGUCUUUCCCAGUCCUGCCUGGAGAUUUCAGGGCAACACCUAAAACCUAAAACCCAACCUAAAAUACUUUUCAUCAAGCAGUUCAUCAUAGCACCGUCCCUUGUUCAGUUUUGACUAUUUAAUCCUAUUUAAAGUUUCUAAUCACUUUUGCAAUGCUGCUAGUUUUGCCACUGAUCGCCUGCCCUGGACUUGGAGUGUUCAUUGCCACAUCAUAGACUUAAGAAUUUUGUCUGAUGCCACAUGGGAUCGGUUUACCAUCUCUGGGUUUGCUUUUCACUUGCAGCAUUAUGAAUUCCCUUGUAAUUGUGCUCUUCUUGUCUGGAAUGGUUGCCAUGAUCCUUCUGAGGACUUUGCAUAAAGAUAUUGCAAGAUACAACCAGAUUGACUCCUCGGUAAGUAAAAUGGGGUGCCUUUUUAAGUUCUGAAAUGGAGGGGUGGGGCAGAGCUGUACUAAUGUGCCGGUGCUGCAAGGCCCCUUGAAGCAAGGGGGAUUCUGAGUAGGUCUGUGAAGUCUGGAGGCUAGCAUAGCAGUCCUCUUUCACGGUUGAGGGCAAGAUGUGCCGCUGUAACUGUUGCAACACUGGAAAGAAAAGAUGUGCACUUUGCUCCCUACCUUAACACAAGAACACAAGAAGAGCCCUGCUGGGCCAGGCCGAAGGCCCACCUAGUCCACCCCCCUGUUCUUCUCACAGUGAUCAGAAAGAUUCCUCUGGGAUACCUGCAAGCAGAACAUGAGUGCAACAUCAAUUCUCACCAAUUUUGAUCCCCAGCAGUUGGUAUUCAGAGGCAUUCUGCCUUCCACAGUGGAGGUGGAACCUAGGCAAUAUGGCUACCAUCCAUUCAUUGCCUUGACCUACACUGAUUUCUCUAAUCUUUUAGAGACAUACGAGGUGGUGGCCAUGGCUACCCCUAGGGAGAGCAGAUUCCAUAGUUGCACCGUGAAAGAAGUACAUCCUUUUGCCUGCCCUGAAUCUUCCAACAUUCAGCUUAACUGGAAGAACCCAAGUUCUAGUCUUGUGGGAGAAGGAGAACAGAUGAUGCAGAGCUGAGAGGGAGGUGACAGAGGAACUCUUGCCCCUUCUGCAGCAACCAUUUGUUGCCUUCCUUGGGAGCCAUAUUCCUAAAGGCCAGGCAUUUCUUGCUUUCCUUUGUCUUUCCAUUUUCCCAGCGGCUCACUAGAAAGCUACAGGUGGUCUGCUUGGGAAGUGGCUCCUGUGGCCGCCUCAGUGAAGAGCUCUUAAAACUUUAAGCAAAUAGGCUGUAUUUACUUAGCUAAUUAAAACAAAAGUCUGCAAAAUACAGACUUUCCAUCAGCUGUCAUUUGGAAGUAAUGAACAGCCUUACAAAAAUCCUGCUUUCCCAAGGUGAGGAGUGCCUUGCUUCAUAUGAAACAAAUCAGGGGCUCAGCUCUCAUGCUUUGCUUAGGUAAUUUGAUUUCUUCUCUGGCAAGACAUUAUCAAGCUUUAAAGGCAGCAGUGUUGGUGCGGCAAGAACUUACUAUGUCUCAGGUUUCUAGGGAAAAUAUUUUUUGCUGCAUUGUCUCUUUGCAGGGGGAGUUUAAUCAUGGCUUAAAUUUCCCAGAUAUGCUGCAUGAGCAGUGAUUUAGACACCUAAAUCUCAUAUGUUGGGGAACCUUAAACUUAUAUUCUUAACCAACCCCAUAGAAGCUUUUCCUUUCAGCUUCCUAGGUAUUUGGCUCCCAAGAUUCCAACCAAGGUUACAUAGAGUAGAAUGUGUCCCGCCACUCCCUUCUAUGGAAAGUGCCCACCUUUGGAGGGUGGAAGAAUUGCUGGGUGCCUGAGUACCUAGAAUCAUAGAAUCUUAGAGUUAGAAGGGACCCCAAGGGUCAUCUAGUCCAACCCCUUGCAAUGCAGGAAUCUCAGCUAAAGCAUCCAUGACAGAUGACCACCCAACCUCCGCUUAAAAACCUCCAAGGAAGGAGAGUCCACAACCUCCAGUGGGGGAUUGUUCCACUGUCAAACAGCUCUUACCAUCAGAAAGUUGUUCUUUAUGUUUAGUCAGAAUCUCCUUUCUUGUAACUUGAAGCCAUUGGUUUGAGUCCUACCCUCCAGAGCAGGAGAAAAGAAGCUUGCUCCUUCUUCCAUGUGACAGCCUUUGAGAUAUUUGAAGAUGGCUGUCGUAUCUCCUCUCAGUCUUCUCUUUUCCAGGCUAAACAUACUCAGCUCCUUCAAGCGCUCCUCAUAAGGCUUAGUUUCCAGAGCCUUGAUCAUCUUGGUUUCCAUCCUCUGCAUACCUUCCAGCUUGUCAACAUCCUUCUUAAAGUUUUCCCUACCUAAAGUGUCUUUGUUUAGUGCAGGAACAAGAUUGCAGAGGGCAAGAAACAAUUCCCAGGCCACGUUUCAAUAAGGAAUGUAGCUUGCAUUGGUAAUGAUAGGGAAGUGAAGAAAAGUUACUGAGCUUCUAUUUCAUUGUUUUCCCCAACUACAAAUUUGUUAGAGAAAGAGGAGUUACUCUCAGAAUAGCUGUGUGGCCUGUUGACUAACACACACUUUCCAGAAAGGCCUCCAGUCAAACCCGUUGCUGAUCAGCAAAUAUGGACAGAUGCUCAGUAAGCAAGUUGUGUGGAUGAGUCCAAAAUGUUCACCUCAUUUUCUUUAAUUCUACCAGAUAGGUAAUACCCUCUGUUUUGGCGCGUAGAGGACUCCUGGUAUUUUGACGUGGGGUUCUCAUCUGACUGAAUGCAUCUCAGUUGAUUAAGAAAAUGAAUUUUAUUUGAUUGAAAUUCUGAUGUACUUGUUUUUGACUGGAACUGUUGUUUUGAGGGGAAACAACCAUGGUUCCCUUGCCUUUAGAUAGCAUACGCCAUUAAAAAAAGGUAGCAUAUACCAUGAACAUAUGUGGUGUAUCACGUGUAUGCAUUGCUACAAGUGGAAACACAGAGAAAUAAAAACAUGUUUGCAAACUGCCAAUAUGUUUUAUUUCUCCCAGUGCAUUUUGGAAAGAUGAAUUGCCUUCAUUGGGGCAUCUUAGAAACACAUUUUUUUUAACAGUAUCAGAACAACCCUUUAAAAAUAGUAAAAAUAAUUUCCCCUGAGCUAUCUCAUCAUGGAGGCUCAGCAAAAUAUGUGCUCAAGUAUUUCUUAAGUGAGUGUUGGCACUUCCUUUUUCUAGACUGGCUUUUGUUAACUGGACAGAAAUGGAGAUGCCCAUUGCUGAGUGCUUUGAGAUACAUUGCACAAUGUUUGAGUUGAAAGGAAAUUUUGAGCUUGGAAAAGGGAGUUUGCCACUAAACCUUUGCCAUGAAGGUGUUGUUCUCUGCCAUUGGAAACAAGAAGAAAAGUUAAGGAUGUUAACAAUAUGGACUGAAAAGAGGGGUGGCUUGUUUUGGGGAGGAGUAUUCUGCCACAAAGAUCUGUUUAGAGAACUUAAGCUAACAUUUGGUCACAUUGGUGCAGUAACUAACCCCAGAUGAAAAAGAGGGAAUCGAAUGCUUCAGCAGUGUUGGGGGUGCAGAACAGCAUCUUUGAUUUGGAACAGCGUUUUUGAUUUCAUGUUUUAUUCCGCUGCCUUGUUGCUCCCUAUAGUGCCAGCCUAUAGUGUGUGGAAACCACAGGAGUUGACACCUGAUAGAACCUAGGCCUUGGUUUUGUGGCAUGGUAUUUCCUUUCCUUUCAUGUCAGAUUUGAAACUGGCUUGUUAGGCAACAGAAGACAAAGAUGGAUAAAUGCGUUGAGUGCUCGCGAUACCACUUAAAUUGAACAUGAUCUUUUGUUUAAUAUCAAUUAACAUUGCAGCACUCUAGCUAAGCAUGUUAAUGUUUGUUUCUCCUCCUCAACAUAAGCGUUUCUUAAUAUAUCUACAUCCUCUGCACACGCAAGUCCCCCACCCCCAACCAGCAGUCCAUUAGGGAGUUGUAAAACCAGUGAGUAACAACGCUGAUGCAAUUAGUCCCCUUCAGAAACAAAACCUGGAAGAUAAUCAGGCUAGGAAAGUGAAUUUCACGUCUGGCUUGUACUAAUUCACUGUUGCAUGAUGUAUGCCUAAUAAAGAGAUGUUAUUACAGGAGGACGCCCAGGAGGAGUUUGGGUGGAAGCUGGUCCAUGGAGAUGUGUUUAGGCCUCCCAGGAAGGGCAUGCUGCUCUCUGUCUUCCUGGGGCAAGGGACGCAGAUUUUCAUAAUGACAUUUAUUACCUUAUGUAAGUAGCAGGAGGUUGGCUGAAAUCAUCAUUGUUAUUUAUGCAAUAUUGGCUUUCUGUGUGUUUAUGUUAUUACCAAUAUUAUUAAUAUUUACCCGCCUUAUGCCGAGUCAGACCUUAGGUCCACUUAGCUCAGCAUUGUCUACAAGGCUAGUCAGCGGCUCUUUUGAGAGCUACUGCCAGUCAGUGUUCACUGAACUGAGCUAGAUGGACUAGUGGUCUGACUCUGAAUAAGGCAGCUUCCUGUGUGUUCUUGUGCUGCCUGUUUUGCAUAUGCAAUUCCACCCCAUGUAAACCUGGGGACAGCUGGCUGCUGGGAAGACAGAUACUUUGAGGCAGCAGCUGUAGCCAUCAGGAGAAAAUAUUUUUUUUUAAAAAUUGUGUAAGCUCAUCACCCUACAGUUAUGCACAGUGGAGCUGAGUAGUCAGUGGAACUGAGAUCUUGAGGACUAGUCACCUAGGAGGAUGCCUUAUUCCAAGUCAGACCAUUGUUUCAUCUAGCUUCAUUGUCUACACUGACUGUCAGGGGCUUAAGGUGGAGGCAUACCCAGUCCUACUUGAAGAUGCAGCGGGGUUGAACCUGGGGCUUUCUUUGUGCAAAGCAAACACUGUGUACUGCUUAGCUGCAACCCUUCCCUCACACGCACAAAAGAAAGAAAGACAGGAAUGGUACAGUUUUCUAAGGCAGAGUAUUUUGUUGUUUGUUGUUUCAGGAAACUCUGAGCUUUAGCUGAGAUUCCUUCAUUGCAGGGGGUUGGAUUUAGAUGGCUGCCAGGGUCCUUUCCAAUUCUACAAUUCCUGGUUCUUUUCAUUGGGAGCUUGCCAAGGGUUCUUUGGUUGGGAGGAUCAGUACUGACAAGCAGGCUUUCCCUUUCAGAAGAAGCCAUGCUAUCAAUACUGAUCAUCUGUACCCUCAGUUUGAACCGCAGAAUGGUAGAGUUGGAAGGGACCCUAAGGGUCAUCUAGUCCCUGCAAUGCAGGAAUCUUUUUUGCCCAGAGUAGGGCUCGAACCCGCAACCUAGAGAUUUGCAGCCCUGUACUCUGCCAACCGAGCCAUCCCAGCAGUUCAGUGAGGCUGCCUAGUGCUCCCAUGCAUUUGCCUGUGAACAUGUCCCAGAAGCCUCUGCAGUGUACUGGGGUCCUGCAGUGGGUCUUCCUUGUCAGGUGAUUCUCAUGGGGAAAGGAUUCCCCACAGAACAUAAAGCUGUUCUAAAACUGGUAUGGGGAACCUCUGGCCUUCCAGAAGCUUGCUGGGCUCCUAACUCCCAUUAGCCCCAGCUGCUGUGGCCAUUGGUCAGGGCUGACACAGGUUGCAGUCCAAUGAUAGCUGGAGACCGACAGGUUCCUCACCCCUUUCAAAAGCUUGGUGGGUGAGGGGAGGACCUUAUUUCGAUGGUAGAGCACCUGCUUUGCAUGCAGAAGGCCCCCUCAUAUCUCUAGGCAGGGCUGCAAGACUCCCCCCGCCCCCGGCCUGAAAUCCUGGAGAGCUGCUAUCUCCCCACAACGGUGUACAAGUGUGGCACAGGAAAUAAUUAAAUAACUUGUUUUAAACUGCAUAAUAAUAAUAAUAAUUUAUACCCUGCCCAUCUGGGCGGCUUCCAACAAAAUAUUAAAAUACAGUGGUCUGUUAAACAUUAAAAGCUUCCCUAAACAGGGCUGCCUUCAGAUGUCUUCUAAAAGUCUGGUAGUUGUUCUUGUCUUUGACAAAUGGCUGGAAAGGGGCAGAAACAGCCCAAAAAGAGCAGGAAAACUGCAAAUAUGGCAUAAGAAGAGUGGGGAAAUGGGUAGCAAUCUCAGGGGCCUUUACAGCUUUGACCCCAUGAGCCUUUGCAUCGACCUUUGAGGCCUGUGGAGAGUUGGAGUUUGAGAAAGGAAGUCUGGAGGGAGCAAUUGUGGUGGAGUUUGGCAGAGUUUGGCUUCUUAGAUGGUUUUCCCCACUAAAUGCGAUUUCAUGUAUAUGCACGGUACCCAGGAACUUUGACUGUUGCGUUAGUGGGGAGAUACCUGUAUUGAGCUAGAUGGACCCAAUGGUCUGAACCUAGCAUAAGGCAACUCCUUACAUUCCGAUUUUGGGUGGGCGCAUUUAUUAUUUUUAAUUUAUAUCCUGCCCUUAUUUCCUUAUAGAGCACAGGGCAGCUAACAGCAGGUCAGAUUGAAACAGAUUGAAAAAAUUCCCAUCACUAAAAGCCACAAUAUUGCAGUUGAAAUACAGUAAAACAAGCAGUUGGUAAAUAUCUUGGAAAAUCAUAUACUUCAAGAUCUAAACGCCUGGACAAAUAGGAAAUGUCUUCACCCUGUGUUUUGAAAGUUUUAACCCUAGGGGCACAUUUGUAUUUUUGGAACAUUGCACCAAUUUACACCAGGGAACUUCUUUUGUAACACACUUUUGUUCUCUGUGUUGACACUUUCAGUCCUUGCCUGCCUUGGAUUCCUUUCGCCAGCCAACAGGGGGGCCUUGAUGACCUGUGCUGUCGUGCUGUGGGUCUUGCUGGGCACCCCAGCAGGCUACGUAUCUGCUCGGAUGUACAAAAGUAAGUGCAAGCCUUGUGUAAUGGAAUGUUGCCAGGCUGUUGUUGAAACCACAGAGAUUGUGCUCAGUGGCCGGUGGUACCCAAUUGAGACUGGUAGGGCGGAAGGUGGGGGGCAACAGUAGGCGGACAAUGAUAGGCAGAGAUAGAGCCAAUGACUGGCAGAGCCCGCUGAAUCUAGUUUUGCAAUCAUGCUCCUCCCAUCUGAAUUCUACAAGGGCAGCACUGAGGCUAAGGAAGCUGACAGACAGCACCACCCCCUGGGUUGGUUAUAUGUGGAAGGCAGGCAAGUGUGGGCUGGCUGGGGGCGAGGGGCCAUGCCCCCAUUCACCUCAUCUGAUCAUACUUGGAAGUGGAAAGCCAAGGGUGGUUCCUGCCCAGCCCUUGAUUGGCUGUCCUAGGUCAAAUCUCUUAGCCUUUCUUCUGCCUUUGUAGAAUGGGAACUGCCAGUGAUUUUUCACUGGUUUAGCAGGGACAGGAAAGACCCAAGAGGUAACAGAAUAAGAAAAUGGUGUUCUUAGCAGUGUUUACCUCCCCACUCCUUUUCUGAACUGCAGUGCCCUGUCUCUUUCUCAUGAUCCUUUGCAAAUUGGUUGUGAAACAUGGGGAGGUUUGCUUGAAAUGUAACACAAGUACAUAGGUGGGGAGAGAGCCUGAAAAGCUUUCCUGGAUCCUGGCUGUCAAUUAUGAGCAGGAUAUUGAGCCGGUUUGAAUUAUGGCAGAGGAUCGUUAUCAGCACUCCUUGGGGUUCAGAUUCUAUAAGCGGGGAAGAUUCAGAGCAGUUCAUAGUACUAUGGUGAGCAAUCUAGUGUUAAAAUUAUUGAGACUUAAAAAUAAAUAAAUUUCUUCCAGCUACUUCAAAUGUGUUAAAUGUAGUGAUUACUUUUUUCUCCUCUUCUCAGCAUUUAGAGGUGAAAAAUGGAAGACAAAUGUGUUGCUGACAGCUCUGUUGUGUCCAGGGUUAGUAUUCCUCACACCUUUCUUUUUAUAAAACUCAUUUUCUGCAUUGCAAAUUGGUUAAUAUGCACAAAGGCCUAUGCUUCUUACCUCACAUGACUGACAGUUACUCCAGUUCUAGAUUCAGGUAGGCGUUGGUCUGACGCAGUCGAAAUAUAUAAAAAAAUUAAAAAAUUGUCCAGUAGCACCUUAGAGACCAACUAAGUUUGUUCUUGGUAUAAGCUUUUGUGUGCAUGCACACUUCUUCAGAUACACUGAAACAGAAGUCACCAGAUGUCAACAGGUUUACCAUACCCAUUGAGUCAAUCACCCGUCUCCUACUACCCUCCUGAGAAAACCCCCACCCACCCACCCUCCCAUUAUAUAUAAUGGUCUGGUGACUUCUGUUUCAGUGUAUCUGAAGAAGUGUGCAUAUUCAGUUACUCCAGUUGUAAUCUAAUCCAGUUGUACGCAUUCAGCUCCUCUUCAUUUCCAUGUUCUUGAGUGCAUAUAACUAUGAACCAGAUCCCCAUGUUUGUAAGUGCAUUGAUAUUCCUGUUUCACUUUGUUUUUAAAAUCCCUCUCCUUUUUUUUAACUAUCUUUGGAAAGUCUUGAGUGCCUUAACUGUGGUUUGCUUAGUAUUGAAGCAAAACUUAACUGUGGUUUGCAAACUCUUCAAGCUAUGGUGUCAUGCAUUGGCUUUUAGUCUAUUAUUAGUGGUGCUAAUAAUUCAAGAGUAUCUGAUUCAAAACCUCCGCUGCCUUGUGGGACAUCUUUGGGAGGAGAAAAGGCUAAGGAGUAAACUCUACCUAAAUCUGGAGUGGGAGUCCCUGAGGCGGUUGGGUGGCACCUUUUUACGCUUCCUUCCAGCAACUCCUUCAGCCCAGCCAUUGCUAAACAUAUUGCUCUGCUUUUGUUUGGACCACAUCAGCAAUGCUGAGAUGGUUAAGAGUCACUUCUGCAUUGAGCAAACUAUGGUUGGGGCAGUGUUGCCAGUGUUUCUGCUUGCAAGGUGACAUGUGGGACUUGGCGGUCUUAGGAAGCAUGGUUGUGUUAACUCUUUCAUUUCAAAAUUAAAAAAUAUCAAUAGACAGUGGACUAGAAAUUAGACUGUUUGGCAGCAGGGUGUGAAAUAGCUUGAUACCAGAAGUCCCAACCAGAAAUGUACAUCCUGGCUGUCAUCUAGAUGACUAUCUUGGCAAAGUCCAAAAUGGCAAAAUACCAUGCUGAUAGUUUAAAUUCCAGUGUGCAAAUUCCAUUUCAUAGAAGUUGAAUAAUUGCCUGGGGUGGUGGGGAGAGCACAAAAUAAGAACAGAUGUCUUGAUUAUGCUGUGCUAGUUCAGAAAAUUUACAUAAUGCCAUAAACAGCCCGAGGCAGUUACGUACACUGGAUUGAUUUUGAGAAUUUGUAGACUAGCAGGAUUCCCCGCUCCCAACCCCCUUCUCCCUUUGGAGGAGUGAAAGAGAGAUUUGCUUUGCUUUGCUUAGGCAGAGCUUAACAACAAAACAACAACAACAACAACAACAACCUGCCUUUAUACACAACAGUGAUAGGUUUGCAAGGAUAUCCAUCUUGCAGGAGAUUAGAUGACAUUUGCCCCCUAAAUAUUCCAGGCUAAAAAAGAAAGAUAUAAUUUUUGUAUGAAUUAAUUAGAAUUGGCUUCCUCUUUGCUUUUGGUCCAAUAUGGCAGUGCAUGGAACAUUGUACCUUUGGCUCUAAGAAUGCUUUUGCAAUGAGUCCCAGGCUGCAGAGUGUGGCAACAUCCUUGCCUGAAGCCAGCUGAUCUUCAACUGACACUCCCUUCUGUUCGUUGCACGGUAGUGGUUUCAGCUGCUGCUGAUGUGCUACAGUGAAACUAUGGCUUCUGUAGGACGCAGUAUAUUGGUGCAGGCAUAGAUGCUGAAUGAAUUCCUUCCCUUGAAGGGCCCUUACAUGCACCUGUUGGUUAGGAAAGGGCUGGGGAACCUCAGGGUUCUGCCUCCACAGUCUGAAGCAGUAAUGCUUGUGAAUACUAGGAAGGGAGAGUUGCUGUUGCUCUCUCAGGUUCUGGUUGCGGGCUUCCUGUUGGGGCACCUGGUUAGUCACUGUGAAAGCAGGCUACUGGACUGGAUGGGCCUUUGUCCUGAUCCAUCUGGGUUCUUGUUAGGUUCUUAAAUUAGGAACGCCAUGCCAACAUUGAAUCUGGUCAUCUUCUGUUCCCUCAGAAUUGUCUUUGCUGACUUCUUCAUAAUGAACCUUAUUCUUUGGGUGAAAGGAUCCUCAGCUGCUAUUCCCUUUGGCACUCUGGUUGCUAUCUUGGCCAUGUGGUUUGGAAUAUCUGUCCCAUUAACCUUUGUUGGUGCAUACUUUGGAUUCAAGGAGAAGGUGAGUUAGAAAUUCAGUAGAGUUUAUUAUAUAUAUACAUAUUUAAAGCUCCUUAUUAUACCACUUGAGAAUUCCUUUCCUUUUCUGAACCCAUGGACCUGGGUCUAAAGGAUGAUGAGCAGAAGGAGAAAAUAUAUUCAUGUUGUUUGGCAACCUUUGCACAAUCACUGCCAGAAGACUUCUUGCGGUAUAGCGCCACUGUGUUGUGUUGCAGCAUGAAUUAAAGAAGAUCCGGGCUGUAGCAUUUCGACUACAGCAGCCCAUGGAAAGUUUUUGAGGGGGUCUUCUGCAAAGAGAGGAACAUCUCUGGAUUUGGGACUGCUUUUCUUACACAGUGGUCUUUCACUCAGAUCAGAAAUGGCCCUCCAAGUACAUGCAUUAGCCAUAAUUAUUCCCUGUUGUGAGAAUAAUCAUAUUUUUACAUAUUGAAAUCGUUGCACCUUUUAAAUGUGGCUUUGCUGUUUCCUUAGAUGUGUCUGCCAUGUUAAUUGUGGGUUUUUUGAAAACUGUCCCUAGCCCAUUGAGCACCCGGUGCGUACAAACCAGAUUCCUCGUCAAAUCCCGGAGCAGUCCUUUUUCACCAAGCCUCUUCCGGGCAUCAUCAUGGGAGGCAUCCUCCCCUUUGGGUGUAUCUUUAUCCAGCUCUUCUUCAUUUUAAACAGCAUUUGGUGAGUAUCUCCCCCUUUUCUGAAUUCGAAAUAACCAAGCUACAUGCCAGGCACACUGCUGUUUCUUUGUGAGAAAUAAUUAAAUGAAGAAAGGCUGCUGUGUGGGCCCAAAGCACCCAUCUAUAGAAGAGGUUGCCUGCUGGCUCUCUGCAUGGUUUACUGCUCUGGGUUUGUCUCCUUCCCAUUGCCUCCUGCUGGGGUUUGGUCAUUCAUUUGUUCUUCAAAACAGCAGCCGCUAGUCUGGGUGCAGAUCCCUUAAAGAUCUUGCCCCAACUGAAGGGAAGAGAGUGCAAUGAAAUACAGAUGUUGCUGAAAUACAGCUCCCAAAUGCCUCCAAAAGGGGAGGGACCUCAAAAAAACUUGGAAAAGGAACAAAAAGCUCAGGAAAAAAAGACUAUAUUUUACAAUGUAGCAACAUCCAAACUAACAAAUAUAUCAUUCAGUAGUUGAUGUUAUCCAAUUCUGGAAGUUUAUUUAUAAAGUCCCAUAGAAUGUUUUAUAUAGAAUUUCAGUUGAGCCACGAAAGGAGCCAGAGAGGAUCUUGCAUACUUAGAAAGUGGUUCUAAAAUUGAAUCACACCCUGAAGCUGUUGUGUGUUUGUUUGAGUCACUGUUCUGGACCCAUUGCCUUCCAGUUGGUAAUCUAUGUACAGAACAGCAACUUAUUCAGAAGCACAGGUGCAUAAGUUGGUAUGUGAUAGAGAGAGGCUUCUGAGUUCAGGUAGGUGAGAGGUGGGAACCUGACAGAGGGAAACUUGUUUGGCUGAGAAUUUGAGGCUUUGGAUUCUCAAAAACCACAGCCUAAUUGCCAGGCAUUAAACGUAUCAUGAACUGCAGUCUUUAACCAACUGGGGCGGGCUGGAACUCUUCCUGCUGUGACCAUGCCACCUGCAAUCCUUGUUAGGCCUUCACGAUGCUGAACCUUGAGAAAGGAGGGUGGGUACAGAGAUCUUGGGCGAAGGUUGACCCAGUGACUUCUCUCAUUCCAGGUCUCACCAGAUGUACUACAUGUUUGGCUUCUUGUUCUUAGUCUUUAUCAUCCUCCUGAUUACAUGCUCAGAAGCAACGGUCUUGCUGUGCUAUUUUCAUCUAUGUGCUGAGGUAAAACUGACCUGCCACUUCCGUUGCCAAGCUUAGUAUGUUGCUGGACGGGAAUCAGCCACCAGCUGGCAGCAUCAGGGAGGCUGAGCCAACACCUGCAGCUUGCUGGUGCAUCGGUGCCCCAUUGUGUUGGAAAGAUUUAUGCAUGUUGUGGCUGCCAGCUGUGCAUAGUAGACCUGCUGGUAGGAAGGGAAAGUGGGUGAUGCUGUGCUUGGGAAGCCUGGAUUCCUUUCUGUGGAAUAAGCAGCUUGGCUGUGAGGGCAACUGUUUAGGAGUAGCGGCAGAGGAUAACACUUCUGCAUGGUGGCAGUAGGCCAAGAUGCCAAGGGGUGGGGAGUGAAACUGAGGAUCCCCUCCCUUUCUAUUUGCUGUUGCCAACGUAACAGACUGCUGCAGCUUUCAGUGCCAAAUCAGUCUUUGUAAUGUAUCAUCAAGAUGCGAUUGCAUCUGCUGGAAUUAAAAAACCCCGAAAGCAUAGGUUGUUGUCCCCUUGUUACAUUUGCCAUCUUUGUGUCCCGUUCCCUUGCUAAGUAGCUCCAUCCUGAAAAUUACUUUUUAUCUAGGGCUCCAUGAAAGCCGUAGUUUAGCUAGUCGAAGAAAGAAUUGCAAGUCUGAUUUCAGAUCCCUUUGGGAUCUUGCCCCUAACUAAAGGGAAGAGAGUGUAAUGUGACAUUAGUUCUGAAAGUGUAUAGGCUUCGUGAUGAUUUUGAAAGCCAAAGGGGUGGACUGGUCAAAGCAUUGGUGGAUUGCACUAAACUCCUCCCCAUGACCUGCAGGAGCAGCAGAAAAAAAGUCAUGCAAAUGUAUGCAGAUUGUGUAAUAUAAAAGUGGUGGUGUUUUAUCUUGGUGCUGAUAUUAGUGGCAGAGUCACAGAGAUGUUGCUUCGUUAUGUGGACAGUCUAUAACACUCCAUUCUCAUACUUGUGGUAGACAGAUUUUGGGGGUUUAGGCAAGCUGCAAACAGAUGCCUUGUGGAACCAGCUGCAUUGAGUAAAGAUACCUGAGGCCUGCCAUGCAAAUAAGCUCAAGUGUAGGAAUUAGUUUCAGUUUUCUAGAUAACAUGGGUGAGCCACAAACUGGGUUCUGAACCGUUUGUUGUGCACCUGGGCUGUGAAGAAGAACAGCUCUUUGGUCAAAUGACACUAGGCUGGGGGGUGAUCAGCUUUUUCUCUGUCUCUAAAAUGCGCAGGCACACAUCUCUCUUUUUCACCCACCCACCCAAACUUACAUGUAGACACAGUCCCACAGAGAAAAACAUUUGGCACAGACUGUUCAUCUCACCUCUCCUUUGCAGCACUUUGCUCUCACGGCAGUGUUGAUGCGAGUUCUCUUGGCUGGUAAGAUGCAGCAACAGGACAGUGUCAGGAGGAGGAAGAAAAGGGCAAACCGAAGAAGCACCUGAUUUUGCAGGGGCUGGCAGGCCAUGGAAGCGGCUUGGUAGGCCAGAUUUGUCCUGCAGGAAUUUGUGAAAUAGAAUUCUGGGAAACAAAUCUAAUAAAGCAUAGUUCAGACUAGUAAGUGUGGACAGGUGCAAGGACAGCUUAAGGCUGGUCCACUAAAUAUGCAUGGGAAGCAUUUUUUGGGGGGUCUUUCAUGCUUUCCUUGCCUCUCAACCUCUUUUGAUUUGCCUCUAGGAUUAUCAUUGGUGGUGGAGGUCAUUCUUAACCAGCAGCUUCACCGCCGUCUAUCUCUUCAUCUACGCCGUCCAUUAUUUCUUCUCAAAACUUCAGAUCACAGGAACUGCCAGCACCAUUUUAUACUUUGGAUAUACAAUGAUCAUGGUCUUGAUAUUCUUCCUUUUCACUGGUGAGUCAAUUUCUCAAGUCUUUGAGCGUCUCAGGGUUGGGAGAUAUGUAUAGGAGCAUAUGCGAAGGCACCUCGUACCAAGCUAGACUUUGGUUCCAUGCAAGUCAGGAUUCUCUGCCCUCUGCCUUAGGUGAGUCGUCCUGCCUGUGAUCCUUUGAACAGGAGGUGCUAUGGACUGAAGGUGAGGCCUUCUGCUUGCAGGGUUCAUACUCUACUACUCAGCUGCAAGCUCUUCCUUUCUCCCCCACCCCUGGUAUCUUAAAGUCCCAGUAUGGCAGAAUAUGGGUUUAAACAGCCUUCUCUAUCUGGGUGGCUGCCAUAUGAUCUGGACUACAAAAGGCCAAUGGUCAGCGAUGUUCGGAGUUGUAGUCUAAAACAUCUGGAGGGCACAACAUAGGAGUAUGGGUGCGAUUAGUAUGUGACACAUGGGACCCACUCAGAGCACAAAGGCAUCAACCACCUUCCCGACAUAUAUUUAAAGCAUGGGGCUUCCACCAAAGAAUUAUGGAAAUCAGUCUGUUAAAGGUGCUGAGAGUUCUCAGGAGACUCCUAUUCCCCUCACAGAGCUACAGGUACCAGAAUGGUUCAGCAACCAAUCCUUCCUAGGGAACUCUGGUAAUUGUAGCUCUGUGAGGGGAAUGGGGUGGGGUGUCUCCUAACAACUCUCAGCACCCUUAGCUGCAGUUCCCAGGAUUCUUUGGGGGAAGCCAUGGUUGUUUAAAGUGGUGUGAUACUGCUUUAAAUGUUGGGUUUGAAUGUGGCCAUCAUUAAUUCAUGCGUUCCUGGGCCAUUUUAUUCUGGGUGCUUUCUUUCAGAGUAUUACUAUGAGGCUGUGAAUGAAUACUCUUCCGUCAUAUAAAGGGCUCAUUCAGCACUGAAAGGAGUUUUCUAACAUUCACCUGCUGGUAAUCAAAUGCGCACAUAUGCUGAUUUCUUACUGUACGUGUGAACCAGGACAAUGUGCAUUUGAAGGGUGGAUCGAGCUUACAAAUGGAUAGAGUAUUUAGGGAGCAUAACAUGAUAAAAGUGAAAAAAUAAUAAUUCCCCAAAUUCUGCUAGAAUCAUGUUUCUCUUGCUAUUCAUGACAACAAAGAGACUUUUUGGCACCUUAAAGACAAAUAAAAUUAUCAAGUGUUUAUUAUAUUUUGAGUGUUUAAGGUGCCACAAGACUCCGUAAAGGCUUUUGGCUGAUGGCAGGGGUAGAGUGGGGGCGUUAGCUCUAUGGCAGAGCAUUUGCCUUCCAUGCAGAAGGUUCCCAGGUUCAAUCCCUGGCAACUCCAGGUGGGGCUGGUGGGAAAAGCCUUUUGUCUGGAAAAACCCUGGAGAGUUGCUGCCAGUCAGUGUAGGUAUUACUGAACUAAAUGGACCCAAUACUGUAGUCUGAAUCUGUAUAAGGCAGCUCCCUGUGUUCCUACUCUCCCUUGCAUAAAAAAGCAAACAUGGCUGCUUUCCUGGAAGCUUUCAUUAAAGGGUUUUCUCAACCUUGCUUGUGGCCUUGCAGAAGGAUUUCUUCUUUAGCUGUCUUCAGUCGGAUGGAAGUAGAAAGCGAGUAGGCUUUAAUCUCACCAAUUUAAAAGUAUUAGUAAGUAAAUACGGGAAUUGGUGUUCCCAGCUAAACCCUUCUUUAAGUCCACAGCUCUGCAGGCAAGUUCCAGAUGCCCCCCCUAUAAUUUACCCCAAAUAAAUUCUAGCAUUAAAACAAAAAAAUGUUUUAAUUCUGAACUAAAGCAGUAUGCUAAUGCCUGUCUGGGUUUAGCUUGGGUUAGCUGCCAAUUUCAGUUUCGCUUGUGUGAUAUAAAUUGCUAGAAUCAGAAAUAUCCUUUUCAUAUAGGAAAUGAUAAUUGAAAUUGUCACAGCUGCUGCUGAAAGGGAUUAAAAUAGUCAGAUAUGUCGGCCCUGAUCUCCUUGAUACGAAGGGCAGUGAGGCUUAAAUGUGCCGUGGCAAAGUUUACACCUGUGUGUUCUCGCGUUAAGGUCUGGUUUAGACGUCAUGUGCCAAUGACAGUUUGGAGGCUUAGGAACAUAUCACUUUGCUUGCCUGUUCUAGCCCUCUUAGUGCUGAUUAUUGUCUCCAAACUGUGGCUUGCAAACCCACUUUCAAACCACAUUUUUGAAUCAUGGCUUGAAGGCAAUUCCUGGUUUGCACCAUUGGCAAACCAUGAAAAAGAGGAGGUAAUCAGCUUGUGAGAAGGAAGAUGGGUGUGUUCCUUAUCCUUCAGACUUUGGGUUGGAGGUUUGUACUUACCGAAUAGUUGCAGUCUGACCAAACAAGUACCAUGGAAAAUACAAAGCAACCAUGAUAUCCAGACCUCUCUGUUUUGCCUUCUGAUCUCUCCCCAGAACAUGCUCCCCCUUUGAGUGCUUUUGCCUGGUUGGCAUGUGUCCGUGAAUGAUAAUGAUGUCUCUUGCGUGCCUGUAAGAGGGGGAAUGAAGUGUGUGUGUGUGUGUGUGUGUGUGUGUGUGUGUGUAGACCUGUGGCUUGCAUGAGUGGAAAAUAACUUACUGAACUUCAGUAAGUUAUGUCCAUUGUUCUGCCCACUUUUGCAUCAGGUCCAAUCCAGCAUUGCUAUGUGGCUCCCAGAAAGCUGAUUUAUUAUAUUUCUAUUCUGCUUUUCAUUCCGACGCAUCCCAAAGCAGUUUAAAAACAAUAAAUAGCAAUACAAUAACAUUAUAGAACAUCCCACGUACAGCGUAAGUCGUAUACAAUAAUCAACAAAUAAUCGGUGGAACAAUUACAAUCCAUAAAACACUGUUAACAAAGCAACAACUUAAAAAAUGGGCUGAACAUCACAAUUAAAAGCAAAGGUCAUAUUAUAUGAUGAACAAAUCAAUACAGCAUUUGUAGUCUAUAAAACAUCCUUAACAAAAUAGCAGCCAAAAAAUAAACUAAGCACUGCUAAGUUCAUGCACACAUACCCCAGAGACUCCUCUUCCAAAGGUUCCUCAGGCUGGAGGUGCAGCUGCACAGGUGAAACCAACCACCCCCUGAUGGCAAACAGUCUCUAACCCCUCAGUUCUUCCUCUGGAAACAGCUCCCUUAUGAAGGCUCCAAGGGCUGGAGGGCGGAGCAAGGCAGGUGGGGAAAGCCUUUACCUGCGGGCCAACACUGAGUCUCUCACUUCUCACAGCUGUUCCUCCAGCAGCAACACCCUCCUGAAGGUUCCUUGGGCUGGAGGGUGGGGCAAAGCAGAUUCCCCUUUAGGGUAUGUGGCCUUCUGGCUGAAAAAGAUCCCCCACCCCUACAUUAUAUGAAACUUCCUUUGCUAAGGUGUCUUUCAUCCAGCAUUGUGUUGUUGGUCUGGUCUUAGCAUCUCUUUGAAGUCUCAGGGGAGGGGCUUCCACAGCUCUGUGACUGCCAGGAUUUGACCUGGGACCUUCAAAAGAGCAGAGCCCUGUGUCAUCUUGUGCAAUAGGUCUUUUCCUUGCUGCCAGUCAGUGAUCCUAACUGGGUUCCCAUGCCCAGGCAACAGGAGCCAGAGCACUGAAGGAGAAUGUGGCUGGGUGGUGCUCUACCCUUCCACGGAAGACAAGUGGUUUUAUGGGUGAGAUGGCAGUGCCUGGAUUUGUGUGUCUGACUCUUCACCCCUCUCCCACCCCUUCUGGGCCCCUAGCUUGGGUGUCUUCGGGGCUCCCCCAAUAGCCCAUGAGGACCUCGUUGUGCUGGCCUAAUAUCACGCUGCUUCUUGCAAUUAUUAUUUCUGUUCUUCUAAAUUUGUAGCUAGCAAUUUUCAGUAUGAUUCUCGGGGUAAUAAUAUGGUAAGUGAAUGGGUAUAUUUUGUGCAGGGAUAGCUUUAUGAUUACUGUCCUUAUUACGUGCUUGGACACAGAAGAAAAUGCUGCAUUUAGUUGGAAGCAGGUGGCUACUCUACACCCUCUGUUUUGUGAUCAUCAUUUUCACUUGUGAGUUCAUGCCAUUUUCAAAAUUGAGUUUUGAUCUCCUGGGUAAAUUGUGUUUAGAAUUCCAGAUUCCGAAAGCAGCCCCCACUGUGUGGCGAUUGAAAGCGGUAUGAUGUAGACAGUUCUUGGCUGCAGAAAACCAAUGUGCGUACACACACACACACACAUGUUGCCAGAGUGCAGGAUAUAUUCUGUUUUUUGCUUUCUUGCAAUUGGCCAGAGCUUUGAGUUCUUCUCUCUCUCUCUCUCUCUCUCUCUCUCUCUCUCUCUCUCUCUCCAUUAAAUGCACAUUUGCGAAGAGUCAGGUGCAAUGCAAUAUAGACAGACUCAUUUCAAGUAUUGCGACAUUACCUAGGAACAUAGGAAGCUGCCUUAUGAACCAUUGUAUACACUGACAGGCAGUGACUCUCCAGGAAUUCAGACAGGAAGUCUUUCCCAGUUGUAGCUGGAGAUGCCAGGGAUGAAACCCACGAUCCUUUGCAGAUACUUCACCACUGAGUUAUGGUCAUUGGUGGUGGGGAACCAAGAAACACACUAAAUAUAAAAAUGCAGCUUUUCUCCAUGUCAGCACAGAGUACUUCUAUAGAGCACAUGCAGACUGGAAGUAGUUCCUGAUCUGUUGCAUUACUGACAUAUGGUUUUUAGACGAGGGGGAGAACAAAACAUCAAAGAGAAGAGGUUGGGAUGUUAGUCUGAGCAUAAUAAAAUGAGCCUGCAUGUUGACUAGAGAAGAUGCUUUGGCUUGGGGGUGGGGGUGGUUUGAAACAUCCCAUCUAACACUUUUACAGCAGGGCAGCACUUCAGUGAGCAAGGCUGUUCCUACAUCUGUAUAUAAAAUUGGGGAAUGCAGAGUGACUGGCAGUAAAACGCACAUAGUUAACUUGUGGGAUUUUCUGCCACAAGACUAUGGCAAUGACCACCAUCUUGAAUAGCUCUAAAAAGGAAUUACUUGUUUUAUUAUUAACACCUAUGUCCCACCUUUACUCCAGGAAGCUCAAGGUGGGGUACAUGGUUCCCCCCCCCCAUUUCAUCCUUGAAACAACUCUGUGUGGUGGGCUAGGCUAAGAGGUCGUGAACUUUGGGGCUGAGUGGGGUUUUGAACCCUUGUCUCCCAGGUCUUCUUCCUACUCUCGAACCACACCACCAUACAGGCCUACAGGCCUAUCACUCCGUGGAGGAGGAGAGGUCUGUCAAGGUUUAUUAGUCAUGGUAGCUGUAUGCACCUCUGGGUGAAGGGUCAUUGUGCUUUCUUGGUUCCCGGGAGGCACCUGGUUCUUCACUGUCGAAAAUAGAUUUUUGAAGUAGGUAUGCCUUUGGUCUGAUCUAGCAGAGCUCCUCCUUUGUUGUUAAUGAACUCUGGGCUGCUUAUUUGGCAAGAGUGAUGUGCCACAAGUUUGGAAGUACAUGUCUGCACACCCAAGGAAGAAACAGUCCUCACCGCGUUGGACCAUCUCUGAGUGCCAAACAUAAUGAUUCUCUGACCAGACUGGUGGGAAUAGGGUUGGGAUGUUUCAUAAAAAAGCCCUCCUAACAUAUAUACAUGUUUGUGUGUGUGUGUGUGUGUGUGUGUGUGUGUGUGUGUGUGUAUUUGGGGCUGUAUCCAGUGCUAUCUGCGUACUACCACCAAGGCUCUUGCACUAGCAUAUGGGUGAGUUGCAAAGUUGUGCAACAGAGGAAUAAAAUGCAACUCUUUUGCUAGCGGAAACUUGUUGGGCAGUAUAUUGUGCAACAGAGUUACCAGCAACCAGCUUGUCCGUUCUCUUGCGCAGCAGCGUUUCAUUAGCGCAAAGCAUUUCUCCGAUGAAACAGGUAUACCACCGAAUGACUUUAACUUACUGCUGUACUGGAUACAACCCAUAAUCUCAUGCGUGCUCACACAACACCGAGAUGUAACGGAAAAGGGAAUUGACUGACCUCGUAGUUUGGCUAUAAACACUGUGCAGACAUUCACAAUUCAUAUGCAUACACAUGAGAUUUCCAGCCGAACCUCAUUGGGAUGCAUCCUGCCCGGUGAGCCUCUCCUUUUUGUGUGCAAUGUCAUGCGCUUUGCAUUCUUCGUGCACUCAGAGCUUCCAGACCUAGUGACGGAGGCUCUGGCUUGCAAAAUGUUGCGGCAAGAGAUACGUGAAUGCUGUGCCCUUUCUAGAAGAAAGGACACUUUGGACAAACAGGCUGCUUCAGACAUUUAUUAGAGUGAUGUCUAUAAUGCAAUAAAGGGGGAGGGAGGGGUGUAAUCCAGACAAGAUUAUGAGGAAGAGAAUCUGCUACCAGAUGUGUGCUUGUCUUUCAAUGUGGUGUUUUAAUUAGAGAAGUGGUCCCUGUAAAUACGUGGUUUGGAAAUAGCUGGUUCCCUCCGCUCAGGCCUGUAACUAGAAGGCAUUGCCAUCUACAUCACCAGAGUAUUUCACGAACCCCUUGUUCAGUGUGGUGCAGUGAAUCCUCCAGUUUAGCUAAUGUUCCAUUGAAAAAAGUGUCCUCUGUAGAUUUGCAGAGGGCGGAAGUGCAGGCUGGACCAUUAGGGCAAAUGGGACGCUGCCCCACCAACUUCUGCCUUUUUACCAGGCUCCACCAACAAGCAGUGUGGGUGGUCUGUGUGGCUGUCAGUUUUGUCUUCCUUAGCCUCAGGUUUCUCCUUGUGGAAUUUAGCAGGGAGGAGAUGGGACAAAACCAGAAGUAGCUGGCACCAACUGCCCUUGGCUCUUUCUCCACCCACGAUUAGCCUCCCAGCCAUCUGCCCUUUCAGUCCCAAGACACUUCACUCUCAGGGGUAGCAGCAGCCAGAGAUCAACAAUGGAGGAGAGAGCUGUUCAUCUGGCUCACCUCCACAGCCACUGGAAUUCCCCCUCCUCUUGAGGAAGCAGGCAUUUUUGCACCUCUGGCCAGCAGAGGGAAGACUGCCCUGUUCCACCCCCUGCUGGCUGGCUGACUGAGAACCCACCUGGGCUGAAUCUACCAGGGGAGUAGGGGCUGACACUGCCCCCUUCAUAGGGAGCGGCAUCAGGGAGAGGCAAGCGCCAUCCCCAUAACAUUAUUUUCUCUGGGGGUGGCCUUGCCCUAAUGUUUUAAAAUGUUUAAAUUUGUUUUAACUGCUUUUUAUCUUGUUUUUUAAAAAAAUAAUUUGGGUCCCCCCCCCCCUUUUCUAAAUUAAGGGGAGGUAAGGUGUUCCUGGAAAGAGAGGAGCUGAAGAGAGCAGGGGAAAUCCCAACUGCAGUGGUUCUAGGCAAGGGGGAGACACCAUGUGUGGGGCAAGCCUGGUGAGGGGCACAGGCAGUUAGUGGCUACCUCAAAUCUGGGGAAUUGUGAUUGUCUUAUCAGCCAGCCCUCAGGUCCGCGGUGGUGCUGCUGCUGUUGAUCUGAUUGGGAAUGAGGAGGCUGAUCUGGUCUGUAUCACUGAGAAUGAAGCAGUGUGGAGGGACCUCAGUGUCCAGGCCAGAGCAGGUGGCUCAGGACAUCAUGGUUGCCACAACAAGCACGGGGCUGCUCUAACAUGUCAUUGAUCCAAUGCAUGGGGCAGGUCACACUCUGGACCUUGUUUUCUUGGCUGGGCAGGAAGAGGGUGAUCUGAAAGUAGGGAAUAUUGACAUCAGUCCCUUGUCAUGGUCACACCACUUCCUGAUGAGAUUUAGGCUCUCAGCACGCCCCCCCCCCCCGCAGUGGUGAGGGAUCUACGAGGAUGGUCGGCUCUCAGAGUUUGAUGGAUCUAAUGGUUUCCCAGAUAGCCCUGGUUUGAGUCCUGGUUUGUUUUUAUUAUUAUGAAUUUUGUAUUUGUUUUUGGCUGAAAGGCAAUGCACAAUUAUAAUAAUAGAUAUCAACCACUGGAGAGGGACUUAGUUGCUUCAUGAAACUUAAAUUCCAUCUUCAGGAAUUCCAUAUUUUCUUCAGAUAAAGAACAAGAACUCCCUUACUGGUGAGAGCAAGUGGUUCAUUUAUUCUAGUAUAUUCACCUCUGAUAAAUCCUACUAUCUAGUGUUCCAUAAAAUGCCAUAUAAGAGAUAUGUGGUGUUCUGCUUUUAAAAGGUGUUCUUCUCCUGAUAAGGCCUUUUUUCAGGCUUAAUUUUUUUUGGGUGGAGGACAUGAGCAACUUAAUGGAUCUCUUCCCCCCCUCGUGUUGUCUGACAAGCUGCACAGAGUAGUCUCCUUGCUCUUCACAUCAUUCUGUAACCUUUAAGAUAGGAACCCUUCUGACAGUUUACUAUGAGCUAUCAGAAUGGUAUUUUAUGUUCCAUAAAAUGCUUUUAUUUAGGAAAACAUCCUGUUUCACUUGGUGAAAGCUACUGAUAAUGCAAAACAGCCUUGUCAAGCCAGGCACUUUUAAGUUGGAUGUUAUAGGGAGGUUGGAUUUGGACAGCUACCUCUGUAGUGAGAGAGGUGCGUUGAAGGGUCUCUGUUUGCAAAAACACGGGGAGUGGGGAAUGCAGCUUUGUUCUUGACCUGUGUUUCCAAUUAUUUCUUUUGCUUGCACUAAUUGAUCACAGAUUUUGGUGUUGGCAAGGACGGCUGAACUUGGAUAGCUGAACAGCUUUAUUGAGUUUCCUUCCAGUCACUACCGUAUCGCUAGAUCGCUGGCGUUGUGGUUUUGCUAAAGGAGAUCUUGGUUUGCAGUAAUUCUGCAGUGGUGGAAUUCUGACCUUUGCUCUUUACCUUGAUGGAGCCUUUGGAAGCCACACUUUGACUUUGAGUCCAAAUAAUUAAUAUGGGAAUGCCCAUUUUAUUAUUCAUGUAUUAAGAUCCACAGGCUCUCUGGUUGCUCGAACUUGUCUAAAUCUUCAACUUUUUUGUUGGGAAUGCAUUAUGUUUAUGACAUAAGACGCAUUCUACUGGAUCAAACCAAUGGCCCAUCUAGUCCAGCAUCCUGAUCUCACAGUGGCAACCCAGAUAAAUGCCUGUGGGGGCGCACAAGCAGAACCUGAGUGCCAGAGCACUUGCUCCACCCGCAGUUCCCAGCAGCGGAUAUUCCAAGUGUACGGAGAAGAUAGCCGUCGUGACUAGUGGCUGUUGAUAGUUUUAUCCUCCAUGCAUUUGUCAAAUCCUCUUUUGGUGGCCAUCAUUAUCUCUUGUGGAAGCAAGUUUCAUAGUUUAACUUGUAUUUUUUUUUGGGGGGGGCACUUCCUUUUGCCUGCUCUGAGUCUUGCAGCACUCAUCUUUACUGAGUGCUGCAUGAGUUCCUAGUAUUCUAUAAGGAGUAAAACUUUUCUCUUAUCCACUCUCUCCUCCCUAUGCCUGCUUGAGUUUAUAUUGGAACACCAAUAGACUCUUGGCUGUGUUUUAUUCUGCUUGAGAUGGUAGGAUCCCAAGGGAGUUUGGAGAGCCUUGGUCCUAAGGGAGGCUAGAACUGUCUCAUUGCGAGGAAGUGUAGUUCUGGGGUUUCAUCUAAAGCUCUUCAAGGAACUACCAGGGGUGAGAGGAGAGGUUACCCCCCACCCCAAAUCUACCCCUCCCAGAUUCAAUGAGUGUUCUUAGCUCAGAAGGUUAUAAUGCACCCAUUACUUCCUAAAAUAAAAAGAUAAAAUAUCAUUUUAGAAGAAAGCUAUGCUAGAUAUCCAUCCCAUUGGCAGCUGGUUGGUCACUGUGAGAACAGGAUGCUGGACUUGAUGGGUAACUGGCCUCAUCCAGCAAGGCUCUGCCUAGGCUCUUAUGCUGCCCUCCCCCAGUUGUUUAGGACUUUAAAUAUCAACAAUGAAACCUUGAAUUUGGCUCUGUAGCUAAUAGGUAGCCAGUGCAGAUCUUUCACCACCAGUGCAAUAUGUGUAAAGCCUGUCGGAACAUCUAGGAGCUGGAAAUCCUUUUUUUUAACUCCUUGAUGCUUAUGUGCGCAUGGGGAGUGUGUGUGUGUGUGUGUGUGUGUGUGUGUGUUUAUGUGCCCUCUGUCUGUCUAACUCUCCAUCUAUCCAUCUGAGGAUCCCUAGAAAACAAAAAUUUUAAAUGUGAGAUCCGAGAGGCCACAGAGGUCACACUAGCGCCAGAUAGGAGUGCCUCACACAGUGGGGAAGAGUGAGAAUUGACUGCAGACUGGAAAGACUUUGAGAUGUCAAGCCCAUAAAGGAAUUAAAUAUCCUUUUGUGGCUGGCGUAUGAUCUCCUAUCAAGCGCAGUAAAUCUGCCGUCCCCCCACUGUUUGAAAGGAUGAUAGCUGCAAACCCUGCGGAAGAGGGUAAUCUGCAGAACAUAAUAGCAGGCUGUGGGAAAAAAGGCCUUAACUGGGGAAAAAGAGAGAAGUGGCAAUAUAAGGGGACUAGAAUAGCAAGCCAGGUGUGUCGUGGUGGUGGGGAAGAGGGCAGCAGUGCUUGCAGGGGGAGAGGGUCAGGGUGAACCCUUUUAUUUUUCCUUUGUAAGGGUGCCUUCUUUUGGUUAGCACCAGCUACUGACCUGCCUAAUUGCAUGCAUGCAUAAGGAUUCAGUUCAUAAGGAGGUGCUCGCAAAGCCAUUGUGCUUCUCUCAUGGCUUGCUAUCUAGAAAGGCAUAUGGGAUGCCUUUGCGAUAGAGAUAGGUCUGUGAGAAAUGUGAAUGUCUUGGAAACAGGCAGCAACCAGAGUUUAUUUCUUAAUGCUUCUUCCCCCCCUUAACCAGUAACACUCCCCGCACCCCUAAAAACAAGGCAGCUCAGAAGAGUGGCCACAGAUGCAAAAUUUAAGUAGCAGGAAUCAGAAUGUUGGCAUGCUUAGCUCAGUAUUGUCUACCCAGGCAGUGACUCUCUAGGAUCGCAGUUACUGGUCUCUCCUAGCCCUGCCGGGAGAUGCUGGGGGUUGAACCCAGAUACUUCUGUGUGCAAAACAGAUGCUUGAGUUAUGUCCUUUCCCUGAAAAGAAUGUGGGGUAGGUCGUUGUGUUCUUGCCAUGUCCACAUAUGGUGCAAAGAGCCAUCUACCUCUGUACAGGGUGGCAAGGGAGUUGGGACCCAGUCUGGUGUCCUCUCACCUCCGUCGUUGUGCUCCUCUUUCCAAUGAAUUCGUGCUAAGCUGAAUACCUGCAGAGAGACACCUGUGUGCACCUAGCUGUGCAUGAGCCCUUGAUCACAUGGAAGAUGCAUGCAUGAAGACUGUUGCACACACAUAAGUACCUCUUGGCAGGCAUAACUAGUCAAGCUCAGGUGUGUCCAGUAAGGCACGUCUCCACUCCCUCUUCAUGUUUGGUGUAUACCUGGAGGCAAGACAUGUGAUGAGCAUUGCUUUGUAGUUAUUUGGAGUAUUGGAAUUCUGGCUUUAUGCUCAACCAUGGUAGACCUCAGUGCGCAUACUGUUAUUGGCAUCUGUUUGUUUUGGGAGACAAUGGAAGAGUGCACCUUCAGGGGAAAGUCAAACUGUAGGAGAGUUACAGCUCCUGCUGUGGCUGUAGAGAUUGACACAGGAGAGAGACAUGUGUUGUUGCAGGUGGGGCACAUGAAGGGGCCUGGUUGUGUUGCUGCAGAUGCACCAUGGCGUUUCUUUUCUCUGCAUUCCUCCUCUGGUCACUGCUAUGGAUGCACAACUUGACUGUCUCCAGGCACUGCGGCCAUCUGCAAGGAAUUUCCAUACAGCAGGAUUCAUGUUGCAAGCCUUCAUGUCACGUUUGCAGGCACGUUUGUAACAUAGAGUCGGUGCACAAAGAGGCAGGCAAUUCCAUGUACCUUCCAGGACUCUGGGAGCUGCUUUAUUGCAGUUGCUGGAAAAUGCAGGAGAGAGUUGCUUUUGCACUCAGGCUCUGCUUGGGGGCUUCCCAGAAGCACCUGGUUCACCAGUGUGAGAACAGGAUGCUGGAUUACAUGGACCACUGGCCUGAUCCAGCAGGGCUGUUCUUCAGGCUCACAGAACACUAUGAGUCCAGAAUGAUUGACUUGAGUCCUUCUGUCUCCAUUCUCAUAGUGGUGUACUGUACAUUCUUCCCAGCUUCCCAGAAGUGACUCUGGGUAGUGAGUCGCAGGGUUAGGCCAAUGGCAUUGCCACUGAGAAAAUGUUGGGUGAACAAUACAGUGGAUAUUCAGCUUGGAUUUGGCUGCUAGGUUAACAGGAGUUUUGUUUCUUCUUGAGCGAGGAUAGUUAACUACAGCCUUACGCGGUCUAUUAUUAUUUUAAAUAGAUAAUCCCUGCAUGUGACUUAAGUUUUCAAGGCAACUUUUCACACUCAGGAUCUCUUUAACAAUUUUCGCGUAAUUGAUGUGCAUGUUAAGCGAUCCUGAGCAUGCAGUUUUGCUUAAGAAGGUAAGAUGUGCCUUGCAAACUCAAACCAACACUCCCUCUAGCCCACCAUUCUCUGACAAAAGAGAAAGUAACCUAAGCAAGUGCUAGGUGGUGUAACAAGAACUACCCAACAUUUCACCCUGUUCAGGAAGGGCGCCUUUUGCAUUCCAGGAGCAUGUAAAUAUCUCAACUUCUCUUCUUCUUUUUUAGGAACGAUUGGAUUUUUUGCGUGCUUCUGGUUCGUUAGUAAGAUUUACAGCGUUGUGAAAGUAGACUGA